AUGGAGGAAAGCACUCCGCUCGGUGCCACCGACACAGUCCUGAUGUCAAGUCCUUUUGACAAGCUGACAGACGCCUGGGCGCAGGGGGGAGCGGCAGCAGCAGCAGCAGCAGCAGCAGCAGCGAGAGGAGGAGGAGAGAGAAAAUAUUUUCCGUGUCUUCGCCUGAAGUCAUUCUGUGGUUUUUGAAAAAAUGUGCUGUAUAUUUUCAGGGCUGUGUCACAUGAUCUGCUGGGGUUAUGAAUAGCCGAGUAUAAUGAUUUCUUAGUGAACGUUAAAAAAAAAAAGAAAAGAGAGAGAGAGAGAGAGAGUGAUUCUCAGCGAGAGGGAGGCUCACACUCGCUCAGGAACAGCAGGGAGAGAGAGACGGGACGUGGAAAGUUCCCCCGGCUCCAGGUGUUCUCUCUGCGUGUCGAGCCCACUCAGACGACCAGGUGAGUGGGCAGCACGCGGGGCCUGGACAGAAGGCGUGAGAGGUCAGAUGGCGAGUUCUGCAUCUGGAUUUACUUUCCUCGCCACUGCGCCGGCUUUUUGUGGCGCGCGGGGGGGGGGCAGUGGGCUGGGUGGACACGUAUCUGCUGACUUUUUCUUUUUGACUUCCCGAGGCCUUGAAGCCUGCUGUUUGAAAAAAACUUUUCGCGUGGCGCUGUGGGUGGGGGGAUCGGGCUGUUGGAGCGCGCGCACGUGUGUAUGGAGAGAGGGCGAGGAGAGCGGGUGUCUCUUGAGCCGACAGACCUUGGCGACUGCUCGGCGGCCCCACGUGCGAGGCAAGCGACUGCCGAGCGCCCGAAUGGAGUGGAGUGUGGCAUUGGGGCCGGUGCACGUGUGAGCGGGGAGGAGUGCGUGCAAGGGCAUCUCUGCGCGCGUGAGCUGGGUCCACUUGGUGGCCUUCAGUGGUCGCUCUCCUGUGAUCCCGCUUAGGGCUUCGAGGGAUGUCUUCUCCCGAUGCUGGGUUUGUGUUCCUGACCUCUGAUCGUGGGAAGGCGCCCUCAGCCACGGGCACAGCUGUGCGGCAAUUCAAGAGGGCGCAGGGUAGGCAAACCCCGGGCUGGGUUUUUGCGCGCGCCGACGGAGAGGCGCCGUUGCUCUUUGAACCUGCCUCCUUCUCUCUCCUGCGCCUUCAGCAUCUCUGCUCCUGCUCGAACCCGCGUCGUCUGAAGCUGGCAAGCAUAUGGCGCAGGGGAGCAGGCGGAAGCUGGGGGCGCCGAGCCGCCUUGCCUUCGGCUGCCCACGGCGCUCCUGAGGGAGAGCUGCUUCCCAGCAAGAAGGGCAGGAGGUUCUUCUGAGGUUCCAGCUCUGUUUUGGAGGGGAAAGCCGGGCAGUGGGUGGAGCGGAAGGGCGAUGGGUCUCCAGGCGUCUGAGCCUUCAGAGGAAGACGGGGCUGAUCGAAGGCUGCCUUCUGGAGACUCUUUGGGAAGUUCCGGGGUGCUUUGGAUAAUACCCCCCCUUCUUGCAACCCCCUCCCCCAAAAUAAUAGCCACAUGACUUACCAGUGCUCAGUUCUGUGUUGGGUGUGUGGCCUUCCCAGGUAAGCAGUGCCGCCAUCUUGGCACCCAUUGCCAUUCAAUUAAUUAACUAUUGCGGGGGGGGGGGGAGAUGGUUCAGAUCCCACCAUAGCUGUCAACUUUCAGAUUUGGAAAUAAGGGAUCAGCAGCCUCACCUGUCCUGGGGACAGUCUACGGGAUAUCUAACAAUCCGGGAUAGCAGCGGGAAACGACGCUGGAAUAAGGGAAUUUCCUGCAAAAAAGGGGAAGGUUGACAGCUAUGGAUCCCACAGUUGUUCCUUGACCGAUUCCUGGUUUAUGCCAGGAACAGAGCAAGGAAGCCUUCUUUCAACAUCCAUAAAUCCAUCCUGUAGCUGCCAUAUCACAAAACGUCCUGUCCAUUCAUUUCCUUUUCGAUUCCCCAAUUUUCCUCCCAUACAGGGACCUCUGUUGACAUCCACACAUCCAUCCAUCUGUAGCUGUUGCCCUAAACCACAGUCUCUCCCUCAUGUUUGUUCUGUGUACAACAACUUGUUGUGUGUUCAAAGAGCCCAUCUCGUGUUGCCUGUUGGCUUGGGCUGGAAUGGCGAUGACCAUGACUAACAUGUCUCUGUCCCUGUUCUUGAUCUAUUGAGUAGGCAAGGACUCUUGUUACCUUGGUGAGCUUCUCUAGGCGCCAGCAUAGCAAUGGAGCUCAUUCUAAGGCCCAGAUGUGUGACCCUCAGUCAAGUACAUGGUGACCUUAUAGGAUUCCAAAAAUAGGCAUCAGGUUGUCUGUAUGUUACCCCACACAGACCUUGAAAUCUCUCCCACACUCUCUCUCUUGGGCUGUUCUUGUAGAUUUACGUAUUAACCUAUGUAUGUGAAGCUUUUAGUGGGAAAAUGGAACCCAGGUACAGUUUGGCUCUUUUAAGUGAGCACCCCCUAAAGGAAAAUUUGGGGAUUGCUCCAUCACUCAACUUCAUUUCCCAUUGUAUCUCUCCUCUUCUUCCUCCCAAGCUAGCAGUGCACCUGGGCAUCUUCUGCUGUUUGAGGCAGGGUGGGACUAUUCUCCCUACUGUAAACAUGGAGGAAAGGCUGACAGGUAUGCAGCUAAAUUGACGUAUUGUUCAAGAAGAGCAAGGUCUAGAUUCUCCAGGUUGUGCAGAUGGAAAUACUGUGUGGAAAGGAAAACUGAUUCCCCUUCCCAUCAGGUGUCUCCUUGGUCAUAAAAUGAGACCACCUUCUCCCUACUUAUUAGCUCGGAGCAAAAAUGGGCAAGAAUUCACCUUGGACUGGAGAUGGGCUAGUAGUGUCUUCCCGUCUCUAAGGAACUGGAUUUGGGCUCACUUCCAAGACCCAGCAAUGAGAUAUCUUAGCAAAGAUGGACUCUUCUUGAAUCCCGACUGCGGUUGCUUUUGGUUCUGUGGAAUGGAACACUUCCUUGACCUUAGUCAUUAGCCAGAACAUUUGUCCAAAAAUAAACCGUUAAAGAGGUGCAAUUAAAUUCAGGUUUGUAAAUAGCUUCUUGACUGGUUGCCUGUGAUGAGUAGCAAACUGCGUCUAGGCGAUCCAUGCAGGGAAACAUUACAGGUGUUGGGUUUGUCUUGUCUUGUUUUACUUUGUGCUGUAAAGGACCCUCUGGCUGGGUGGGCUAGUAACUUCUGAGGACUUCAUUUGCAAGGCUGAUCUGAGUGCAGACCUCGUUCCGUUCAUGAUGUGCCUAUUACUCUGUGGCCUACCAUGGGAACAACUCACAUAACAGCAAUUUCUCCUACCUUUAUGACAUCACUUAGCUCAGGGCAGCAUAUUUGGUGCAUUCCUGGCCAUGUUAUCCUCACAGCAGCCUAGAUUAGGCUGAGGGAUACUGAAGGUAGUCAGAUGAGCUUCAUGGCUGAGUGCAUCUUGGAACCCAGGUUUUCUGUCUGAGUCUUUUGCCUGAUCUGGCCCCUUUUCUAGUCACUUCAGCUUGGCUGCAGAUGUGUCGGUACUGCUUUUCUUUUAAAGGGAUUGAUCACAUGAUGUGAAAACAGUGAGCAGGGGCUGCAUAUUGCCCCAAUACACUUCUGUGUGGUUCUCAUUAGAGUUUAUUUUAUUUAAAUGUUGUUUCUAGUCCUCAUGACCGUUCUGAUCUUAUCUUCCCCCACUCCUGGCACUCCUUUUCCAAGUCUUACUUCUUCCCGCCACCCCCUGCUCUAGUUCUGUCCCUCUGAUUCAGGGGUUUGCAACCUGUGGCCCUCCAACCCUAGCCACCACUGGUCACGAUCACGGAGUAUGUGAGUGAGCAGAAGCUGCAAUUUUGUUCAACCUGCUCUUAGGUGUCCAGAGUUUUAGUGUCAACUCUGAGUGAAGACAGUGUUCCUUCACUUUGUGUGUGUGUGUGUGUGUUCUGUGCAACAUGCAGCAGGCUGCAGGCAUGCUAAAUAGUAGUAGUCAUUGUGGCAGUCGUAGCUGUAGAAAUAAGUUACCAGAAUUUAUUGAGAAUGUCUGAUAAACAGCCAGAAUUCUGUCCAGUAAAACUUAUACAGAAUGCAGAGGAUUCGGGUAAAUGUUGUAGAGCAAGGAUGGCUAACCUUGCCAAUAGUCAGGGGUGGUGGGAUUUAGAAGUCCACCAAUGUUCGAUGAGCCACAGGUUCCUCAUCUCUGUUCUAGAGCAUUGGAACUGAGACACACUGCUGGCUCUUGAGCUGAUGUGAGAUGAGGCACGAGCAGCACUGCCACCACACCAAAAAGAAAUAAAAUAAAAUAAAGGAAUGUGUCCCAAAAUGUUUGUUUGGGUCAAAAGUGGCUCUCAGGUUUGAAAGCACUGGAGACCAGUUCCUCUCCCUCCAUUUUGGGGUUGGUUUGUUUUUUGCCUUUUAUUACAAAACAGAAAACACAGCACAAAGCAACACACACACUGCAACAGCAGCAGUUCCAAAGCAGCUCAAAAAAAUCGUCCACAAUGUGGAAACAACACACCCUAUUUUUGUUUUCUCAUGUUUUGGUCAACACAUUGUGGCUGAAGACCACGUUUGAAAACAUGUAUUGGAGCAGGGCCGGGCAACCUGCAGCUCUCCAGAUGUUACUGGACUACAACUCCCAUCAUCUCUGACCGUUGGCCAUGCUGGCUGGGGCUGAUGGGAGUUGGAGUCCAACAACAUCUGGAGGGCCGCAGGUUCUCCAAUCCUGACCUAGAGUAUGAUCCCCAUUCAUACAGGGCAUCAUCCAGGUCUCUUUUGCUUUGCUGUAGCCCCAUAUGAGCCUCAGAACACAGUUCUCCCCCUGCACAUUCCAGGAGGAGAUUGGUAAUGGUGGGUGACCUGCUAUUCAAGGACCCUUGUUUGCCAACGCUGACCUUCUUAUUGAGAAACGUCUGGUGCACUUCCAAAGAACUGCGGGGUUUUCUGGAGCACGUUUUGAAAUCAACUCCUCUUGAAAUAAGUGUCUAACAGCUGUAGCUUUGUCAUGUGAAAAAAAAAAUGAGAUGAUGAAAAGAAUGUGGAAUGGAAAUAAUGCUUCUUUAAUUGUGACUCUUGGCUUGUAAAAUCCUGAUGAGGCCCUCUGCGCUAAUAAAGUGCCCAUACCCUGGCCAGAGGGCUCGAUAGCAGGAGGUAGCGAGCCUUUCUUACCAGGGUGUGAACUCGCCUCCUUGGAAGUGUCUGUGAGUAGCAGGACUCCUUAUUUCUCUCCACAGGUCAGCGGAACGCUGGCUAGGGAUUGCAUUUCCAGAGGCUAGGUAAGGAAUCAGGAUUUCUGGAUUUUGUCCAGCCUCCUGCCUCCCCAUGUGAGUCAUGUGGGCCUCUUGUUUCUGCACUUGCCCUAUGGGGAUAGCACUGACCUACUUCGCAAAGCUGGGUGUGAUGCUUUGUCUUGGAGGUACAGUGGUACCUCGGGUUACAUACGCUUCAGGUUACAUACGCUUCAGGUUACAGACGCCGCUAACCCAGAAAUAGUAUCUUGUGUUAAGAACUUUGCUUCAGGAUGAGAACAGAAAUUGUGCAGCGGCAGAGGGAGGCCCCAUUAGCUAAAGUGGUGCUUCAGGUUAAGUACAGUUUCAGGUUAAGAACGGACCUCCGGAACAAAUUAAGUUCUUAACCUGAGGUACCACUGUAUGUUGAGAUGUCUCUAUUAAAGGCUAUAUAGAAGGGUAGCCAUGGGGUGGCUACCAACUGGAAGCUGCCUGCACGCCAUGCAUUUAAAAGUACAUGGUGUGUCCCCCUCCCCAAAGAAUCCUGGGAACCGUAGUUUGUAAAUGGUGUUAGGAACUGUGAGUGUAAACUGCAGUUCCCAUGAUGAUGUGUGUUGGAGGGUGUUGAUUUAAAUGGACUGUAAGUGUUUGUAGACACAGGCUAUGGCAAAUCAUGGCUCUCGUGGGAAAUAAAUACCUUCUUCCAAAGGCUCUUCACUUUUUAAAAAAAUCGUAUUGGGUACCAUCACACUAGCAUUGUGUGUCUGCAGUGUGUCAAAAAACUUGCUGUGUUUGCAAAGAAUUGGACAUCCCAUGGAUACAGAUAUAGAUACUAGCAUUGAUUCAGAAAGAAAAAUUUAUACACCAUUUGAUUGUAAUAAAAAGCCUUGAAGUGAUAUCUAUAUACAGUACACACAAAUUUCUUGCCCUUGAGGUUAUAGAGAGUGAAAAUGUGUGAGCAUCAUCCAAGGAAGGUCCAAACUAGGGGAGCGAUGGUGGUCCAAAAGUAGGGCAUUGUUGUUUCCUACAGUCCUCUCCCUCCCAUAAUUUACUGCUCCCUCUCCUGGGCUUCUAUUUGGACUCCAUGCAAAGUAAGCAAUGCAUGCAGAUGUACUUAAUUUGAAUAAUUCUGCUUGCUGAAUUCGGGUUUACUUAGCUCAGGCAGCUCUGCCUAUCCCUGUCCAUUCCUUGGCCCCCUUUCCCUUGCUGCUCUUUUGGCUUUAAAAAAUAUAUCUUAACAGCUUCUCAUGCUAGCCCGAAAGGGGAGGAAAACAGCUAGUUUAAAAAAAAGGUUGCUGGCCAAAAUAAGGUUGAUUGAGCUCUUCCCUUCCCAAAGUGCUGAAUGGAGUAACAAGCAGAAUCCGUUCUCUUUUCAUAGCAGCAUUCUAAGUGUGUUCACACCUUGGCUAGAGACUAAUUAGGAAAGGCUUAAGGACUCCCAUUGGUGUGAGGCUGGUUUGAGAAACAACACACCAAACACUAGUAUCUUAUAACAAAGUACAGGACACGCAUGCAUUUUGGAUAACGCUGUGUGAAUUCAGAUUAAAAACCCACCCCUGGAAAUGCAGUUAAGUGCCCAGCAAACAGGAGUGUGGACACAGCCUAACUUCAGGUUCCCUCCUUUUUCAGUAGAGGUGGCACAUUAGAAGGAUGAGUCAGGAUAUUUGGUCUGGUCUCUUAGGUCCCCUUGCUGAUAGAUAUCCAGUGUGGCACCUGUUGGUGUGCAUGUGCCCACAGAGACCUUUCCUAGCACCCAUAAUAGGGUCCUGUUGCCCCUUGCUGAAAUUAGGCUUGAAAGAGACCUUCCACUGGCUUCAAGAGGGGGGUGGUCUUCCCGGAGCUUGCAGCUGUGGAGGGAAGGUUAUCUCUUGCCUUCUGACUUGCGCUCCCCAUAAAGAUCAAAACCCUCCCCCCAAUAACUUGAGAAAAAGCAAAAAGAAAAAACCUUUCCCAAGCCUAAUUCCUGGUGGAAGGGAGAGCAUGUGCAUCGUUGCUGCAUGGUGCCUUCCACAGUUUCCCCUAUCUACAAAUGAGUUGGCGCGCCCUGCCCCACAGAUUGAGAAGUUGUAUUAGAAAGACGUCACCUUUUUAGUGUUGGGGAGCCUGAAAGCAGUGAGAUUCAUGUGGAUAGGAGCUUCCCAGAAGCAUGAUUUGCUUCCUAGAAAACAAUGCAGCAAAGUGGUUUUUGUAGAUCCACCCUGCCCUUUUUAUGAACAAAAGCAGGGGCAGGUGGUGUCAGUAGGAAACUGGGGAGAAUAUCAUUGCCCUGGCACAAACGAUUCACCAUCCCUCUGUUGCUUCAUAAAUCCAUUGUCUCUCUUGCACCAUUGACAGAGGAACCAAGGUUUAAUGGAAGAAGCAGGAGCGUGCUGUCCAAAGGAUUAACAUGUUCUUGCUAUGCUCCCCAAGGCUGUGGUGGGUUUGAGUUGACCGCUAAGUGACAUACUCUGCUUAAGUUUGAGUAAUGGAAGUACCUGCCUUGCUAGGUUGGAAUAUAAUCCUGAGAUAUGGAACCUGCUACCAUAUCCAACUUCUGUUAGGGCAUAGCAGAAGUUAGACCUUAGAGAUGCCCUGCUGAAUGUUGAGAAUCGUUCUGGUGAGCAAGGAAGUUAUUAAAUGGUGUGUUAUACUACCCACAGUCCUUAUCCCAGGGGUUGUUAUUAAAUCUGAUCCACACCAACAAUGCCUAGUCUUAACCUUGAAGGACAACUAGGCUGUGAGCUCAUGAGCUGCAGGUCAGGAACAAAGAGAAAGGAAAUGUUGGCUCAGCCCUUGAACACCCAUCCGAAAAGAUAAAAAAAACCCAUGUGGACAACAGACUUUGGAAAAUAAAGAUGUGCUCAUGGCCAUAGUGCUGGAGUUCCCUGUUGCUUGCAUGCAUGCGUGUAUGUAAUAAUAAUAAUAAUAAUAAUAAUAAUAAUAAUAAUAAUAUCUUUAUUGUCAUUGCCCCCUUCGGGGACAACGAAAUUAAUUGACUACUCCAUAAAAACACUAAUUAAUCAAUACAGUAUAAUACAGCAAUGGAGAUUAGAUGACUUUCAAAGUCCGGGCUUCCCAUUCAGGGCCGAGAUCGCUCUGGAGAAGAAGCUGUUCUUAAGACGGCUUGUUCUUGUCUUCAUCGUCCUGUAUCUCCAUCCCGACGGCAAGAGCUCGAAGAGACAGUGACCAGGAUGCAAUGGAUCUUUUACUAUGUCCAGUGCCUUCCUAUGGCACCUUGUGGCAUAAAUCUGCUCUAAGGUGGAGAGUGGGCAGCCAACAAUGCUCUCUGCUGCCUUAACAACCCUGCACAACCCCAUCCUGUCCUGGGUAGUACAGCUUCCGUACCACACACAUAAGCCAUAAGUGAGCACGCUCUCAAUGGCACAGUGAUAGAACGUGCUCACUUAUGGCUUACGUAGCAUUCAUCUGAUGCAGCCCUGGCCUCAGGAAGCUGUAAGGGCACAGCUACCAUGCACAGACACAGUACAGCCCCUGUGUACAUGAAUCGUUUUGGCGGGACGUGGGGAGAAAUGGCCAUAGUUUGUGUGGUAUAGCCAAGGACAUACUUCGGGUAGGUGGUGGGCAACGGCUUGGUACAGAGAGAGGAAAAACUCUGUCAUGUGGUAUGUUGCAAGUUAGGACAAGCUGCAGAUACUUGGGCUACUUUGUCAAGGGGAGGGUGGGAUAAAUGGAAAGCUCGAAAGCAAAACAGGAGGCAUGAGAUCCAACAUUUGUCAGGGAAGCAGACAGAGAAACAGAGCAGUUUUUCAUCUCGGAUUUAGGACCAUAAUACAGGCAGUUCUUUCUUUUUCAGUGAAUGAGCUGACAUCUUCUGUGUGUUUCAUGAAUGGGUCAAGCUUCUGUAAAGCAGUGAGACACACAGCGCACCUUGAAAAAUAUCCAAAGAGUGAACUGGUGCUCCUAGCCAGCUGCAUUAACUUGGGACAUGUGUCUUGUGGACAACUCAACAUAUACAAAUCUACCAGAUGAAAAAUCAAGUUGUGUUGCUUGUUGCGUGAAGCUAAUGUUCCUAAAAGUGCUUCCCGGUGCAGGAGUGUGCGAGGUGUUGUCAGGUGUGCUGAAGCUACACACCUGAUAUCCUCAAGGAGCAGAGGGGACUGUGCCGACACCUAUUCUGAAUACGGCUAAUCCAAACAGACUAGGAAGAUCAGCACAGGUGGCACAGUUCAAAUAGGUGACUGUAGCAUUAAACCCCUGUAUUGAAAGGUAUCUCUUCCUAGAGAGAGCGCUGCCUUUUUUACAUAGCCUAAGGGCACUUCCACAUGGGACUUGAGUAUAUUUAUUGGAUCGCAAGCUACAGCUUGUGCUGAUAGGAUGAAUUAAGGGCUGCGCAGUCCACGUGGAGGACAGAGAAAUGGGAACGCAACCCCUUUUCCCUGAUACCAUGUUCCAUUAUUGUAGUUUAAAGCAUGAAAAAUUCUGAGGUGGGAAAAUUUUUCAUUCUAGGUCAGGCAUAGGCAAACUCAGCCCUCCAGAUAUUCUGGGGCUACAACUCCCAUCAUCCCUGGCCACUGGUCCUGUUAGCUAGGGAUGAUGGGAGUUGUAGUUCUAAAACAUCUGGAGGGCUGAGUUUGCAUAUGCCUGUUCUAGGUGCACCCCGAAGCAUCAAAACAAUCAGUGCUCUGAAUCCUAACUUCUGCAGGUCAUCCUUUUAUGGCUGUGUCAGUCCAUUAUUAUCAUAGGUUCCUGUUCUGCUGCCAUGUACCUGCAGAGAUAUUGUCCUAAGGAACUUGCAGACUAUGUAGCCAAGAAGACCAGAAAAAGAAGCAGUGGGGGGUGGGGAAGCCAGAUCUCAAUUGGCAGAAACCAACUUCUGAUUUUGGGUUAUAUUUCUCUCCAGAGCUGAACCCUGAAAAUGGAAUGGUUCUCCAAGUUUGAAACAGCAGCUGGCUGCACGCAGUGUUGAUAUGAUGUUACCAAAAACCCUUGGAGCAGCUUUGCACUGAAAAAAAGAAAAAAAUCUUUUUUAAAAUGUCAUUGUGGGGAGAGAAGUUUGAACAGAAAUAUAUGAAUCUUCACGCAACACUUUAAAAAUAAAUAAAUAAACAAACAGUACGCUUGAAGGAUGGGUGGAGGGGAAAGAUGACUGGCUGAGCCGGCAUUCAGUUUUCUGAAUAGCACGUUAGUCAUUUUGGUUACAAAGCCAAUGAGGAAGCUGGCUUCACUCUGCACCUGAACACUGUGUUGUGAGUUAUAUACGGUACAUAUGUCUUAUAUCUGUCUUCAUCCUCCCUGCGCUGGCUUUUUGUUGUUGCCGUCCCGCCUGAGUUACUCCUGCCGGUAAGUCUGUGCUAGCAGUGAUCUGUGCUGGGAUCACCGCAGUUGCUGUUGGGCCUGUGGAUAUCUGGCAUGGCAGGGAUCGGGGUCUGUGCUGCAAGUUUAGACAGUUUUGAAAGUGAUGCAAUCGUCAUAGUCUGGCCCCAAAGAAUUGCGGUUAGUGUCGUUGUGUGAGGGUGCUAAGAAGUCUUUGCUUGAGAUUCCUAGCGCUUUGCUUUCUGCAAGAACUGCCGCUGUCGAGUCUCCUUGGCUGGGAGGCAGAUUGGUCAAACGGGGAUGGAAGUGGUUUUAAGCUAUUGUGCAGAGCAUCACGAUCUCUGGCAGAAGCUGUUCUUUGAAAGCGUAUUAUUUCAGGCAGUUCUGCCGGUUCCUGUGUAAGGGAGUUUCUUCAUGUGCACCCAGUAGUGGUCAAGAGACAUGGUUGCGGAGACAGUUCUUCACAGGCUUCACCACCAGGGAUGAUGAUAAGAUGGCUGUAGCAGUUGCCCCGGCUUAUGUUGUUUGUGCCUUGGUAGUGAUGUAUGGAAGAAGGCUGAUCGCCGAAGUAUUGAUGCUUUUGAAUUAUGGUGCUGGAGGAGACUCUUGAGAGUCCCAUGAACUGCAAGAAGAUCAAACCUAUCCAUUCUUAAGGAAAUCAGUCCUGAGUGCUCACUGGAAGUACAGAUCCUGAAGCUGAGGCUCCAAUACUUUGGCCACCUCAUGAGAAGAGAAGACUCCCUGGAAGAGACCCUGAUGUUGGGAAAGAUCAAGGGCACAAGGAGAAGGGAACGACAGAGGACGAGAUGGUUGGACAGUGUUCUCAAAGCUACCAGCAUGAGUUUGACCAAACUGCGGGAGGCAGUGGAAGACAGGAGUGCCUGGCGUGCUGUGGUCCAUGGGGUCACGAAGAGUCGGACACGACUAAUGACUAAACAACAACAUCGCGACCACCUCUGGUUAUUGAAACACUCCUGCUGUACUGCCUGGUUGCAUGAACUGAGCACCACAGUGUUAUAGCCAGGGGCAGGGGCGCAGAACAGUCAUGUACAUGAGCAAACUAAACAUUGUGCCAAAGUGAGAGAGUGCACAGAGUUUGAGAAGUUAGCUGUUGCCCUGAGAUAUGUACAUAUGCGCGUAUGUGUGAGAGAGGGCUGUGUGUGUGUGGGAGAGAGAGAGAGAGAGGAUGUGCCCUGAUUUGUACCUCUGGCAAGCACGCAGCAUGUCUCAGUCUCCCCACCGCCACCUAAAUAAAGCGGUUUGGUUCUUUCCCUCCUCCAUGUAGGCGAUGGUUGUUCUAGAAUCCAGCUGCGGCCCCACCUCUCUCCCCCUUGCGGCCCACACCCUCGCACAGUCUUGCCUGGUUUCCCACGCCAACUCUCACUCUUCUCUCCUUGGUGUCCUGGCCUUGACUCACCUCUCCACAACACCCCCAGGGCCCGUAAGCACAACACCUAUUGACAGGAUGAUGUGAAUGCUGCGUUGUCAAUCUGUCCUAAAAGCAGCGGGGUGGGGUGUGUGUGUGUGUGAGCGGGUUGGAUUGGGUGUGGGCUUUGACAUUUCUGGUUCGAAUCCAGCCAAACAGGAGGUGGCGGUGGCAGGGAGUUUUUGUGUGUUGGGUGGUUCCAAGGACGUGUGAGAGAGGGAGAGACAGGGGGGUUCCAAGAUGGAGGGACUUCGAAAGUGGGCUGGCCAGUGCGGAGUCCCCUCUGCCAGGAUAACAUUUCAGGGAAGUGAGGGCAGGAGGCCGGCGGAUGCAGCCAAGCCCUCUGAAGCGGUGCCAUGCAAAUCCUGACUUGGGGAAUAAUCAGCAAAACAGCCUCGCCUCCCUUCAAGGCGUCGGGCACCACCCUCCUGGCUGCCGAAGCCACCGGACUGGCACCUCCUGUUUCCUUGCCUGCUCUUGGACACACGCCUGAGGGAGGAGGAACAGCACUCACCCACCCAUACCAGGUGAGCCAGUUCGUAUCCCUGCUGGCCCUACCCGCCCUGUGAAAUCCCUUAUUUGACCCCAGCGCGGGGAUGGAACUUGCCACACCUGCGCACACCGCAGCGUUCUGGGCUCGCGCCUGGUGUGAAAGAGGAGCUGGUGUGGAAGCACAAGCUGAGCUUCUGUCUUUCUGGUGACUUUAGCGCUUCAGGUUAAGAACUUUGCUUCAGGAUAAGAACAGAAAUUGGGCUUCGGCGGCGCGGUGGCAGCAGGAGGCCCCAUUAGCUAAAGUGGUCUUCAGGUUAAGAACAGUUUCAGGUUAAGAACGGACCUCCAGAAUGAAUUAAGAACUUAACCUGAGGUACCAGACCUCCAGAAUGAAUUAAGUACUUAACCCGAGGUACCACUGUAUAUAUAUGUAUUUUCUCCCAACAAGCGCUUGGUGUAUCCAAUCCUUAUACAGUGGUACCUCGGGUUAAGUACUUAAUUUGUUCCGUUUUUAACCUGAAACUGUUCUUAACCUGAAGCACCACUUGAGCUAAUGGGGCCUCCUGCUGCUGCCGCGCUGCCGGAGCACGAUUUCUGUUCUCAUCCUGAAGAAAAGUUCUUAACCCGAGGUACUAUUUCUGGGUUAGCGGAGUCUGUAACCUGAAGCGUAUGUAACCUGAAGCGUAUGUAACCUGAGGUACCACUGUACAGCUAAAGGGUGACCUUCCCCAGUGCCAUUCGUCAUGAUGUGGUUCCAAUUUGUAGGUGGGAAGAGUCCUUGCAGAACGGCUUUCCUUUUCACCCAAGUAUCCACAUGGUAUAAGACAGGGAUAGGCAAUCUAAGGCCCGGGGGCCAGAUGCGGCCCAAUCGCCUUCUAAAUCCGGCCCACGGAUGGUCCAGGAAUCAGAGUGUUUUUACAUGAGUAGAAUGUGUCUUUUUAUUUAAAAUGCAUCUCUGGGUUAUUUGUCGGGCCUGCCUUGUGUUUUUACACGAGUAGAAUGUGUGCUUUUAUUUAAAAUGCAUCUCUGGGUUAUUUGUCGGGCCUGCCUGGUGUUUUUACACGAGUAGAAUGUGUGCUUUUAUUUAAAAUGCAUCUCUGGGUUAUUUGUAGGGCAUAGAAAUUCAUUCACCCCCCCCCCGCCCACUACAUGGUCUGAGGGACAGUGGACCAGCCUACGGCUGAAAAAGGUUGCUGACCCCUGAUGUAAGAUAAUGUGGACAUGAAAAGGCAGCUAAAUAGGUGAGGACUCCAAGGAAGGAAGCCCACAGGCAUCCACACGUUUUCCCUAACUGGGCAGGGGCUAGUUUGCGCAGUGGCGGCUGGCCACGGAGGGCAAAAGCCGAGAAGGACCCUCAGCAAAAUUGGUGCCAGGGUGAGGGCAUGGGCAUGCAGUGGAGGCAGGGAGAAGGCGCUUCCUGCCUUGCGCCGCUGGUCAAACAAAGUCUUAUUUUCCCUCACUUGGGCAGCAGCCCUGACCUAGGGAAGGCCAGUCUGUUUGUUUGUUUGUUUGUUUGUUUGUUUGUUUGUUUCACUCCGACCCGCAUAAAUGUGGUCGUGUGCAAGUGAGAUGUGCAUAAGUGUGUGUGGUGUGUGUGCGUGUGUGUCUGUAUAAGGAGAGCGAUUUAGACUAGGGGAAGUCUAACUUUUAACUUUAAAAAGAGAAGACUCUCCCAAAGUCAUGUCUGGCCCUGCUCCUGACUGUUUAAGGGCCAGAAUUUUGAAUGCAGCAGCGGCAGCAGAAGCAGAGAAAGGAGUUCUAUCUGUGGCCGCUGUAGGGACUUGAGGAAGGGGCAGGUGCUGAACUAAGCAGCACAGCACAGCAGCAAAAUGAAGGGGUAAGAGAGCAGUUUGAAUCUGAUCCCUUGGGCCUGUACUAGGACUCAGCCCCUGAUCAGGUAGUAUGAAAGGGCCCCUGAACAUGCACAGAGUGCAUCUUCCCAACUGCUAGGUUUCUUGAGCCCAAAAUGUGGGGUCAACGGGUGUGAUAUGAAGUGGGCAUGAACUGCAAGACCUCUUGCUUUGAGAAAUCAAACCUUAAUGUAGGUCUGGAGACUGCCAGGUGCAAGAGUCUUGGUGGACAUGUGACAUGAAUGAAAGGCUGAGCUAGCAAUUUAAGCUUGGGUGCUGGAAGGGAAGAGAGCUGCUGAUGGCUUAUCUAGCCACUGAAUCUCUUGGGAUGGACGGGGAAGAAAUGCCAGGCUGAAGAGCUCCAGAAUUUGAUGCAGGGUAGGCUUGGGGCAUUUUAGUGGUUUUGCCAGUGUUGAUGCCAGGAUUUUCACGAGUGGCCCCCAAGUCCCUGAAUGCUGCUGAAUCCUAUUGUGUUCCUAUAUUAUUCCAUGUGCCGCAAGUCCAAGGCUUUCUUUCCCAGCUUGUCACUCAUCCAUCCUGUUCCCUUUUCUUGCCUUCCUGUACAAAACGGGUUCAUUGGAACUGUGUGUGUUUGUGUGUGUGUUAAGCCAGAUGCCUGUGCAGCAAUCAGCAAUUUCCCCUCCCCUCCCAAUGCUAAGGGGAUGAGGGGGUGCGAAGCGGGUGGGGAAAACGCAAGGCUUGCUCAGACUUUCCUGCUCUGCCGUCUGCGAGACAGGCCUCAGCUUGCUAGCCAUAAAAAAAAGUGAGCUAAUUCGGUCAUGGAAAAAGGUUUGGGAUUUUUUUUCUGUCUCUCUCUUUUCUGGUGGAAAUACCUUAAACAUAAGUGUGAUAUUCAGGCAGUAAAUGGGGGCUUUGUUCGCAAGCUGGAGCCAGGAGGCCAAGGGGAAGGAGUGCUGGAGCUAAAUUCCCCCCACCUCACCUCACUCCUCAUUCCCCCCACCCCUUCUCAAAUAAAGUAUCUGAAAUGGUAAAGUUUGAUAAAAGAGAGUGAGAGAGGCCUGGAAGGCUGCAGAUGAAGGGGGCUGGGUGGGAACAACAAAGAAACAUUUAAAACAAAAACAAAACUAAAUCCAAAGUUUCUUCCUCCUCCUUGACUCCAAGCAAUGCCUAUGAGGCCCAGGGUUAGUUCUGGUUCUGUGGGCAAGUGCCCUAUUGUACAGAGGAAAGUCCUUUAUUCGAAGAUGCCCUGUGGUCCAGGUCCUGUGUAAAGAUCUGAGAGCAAGGGAGGGACCUUUCAAGUGGCCCAUCAGCAGUUAAUUAGCACCUUUGCAGCAGACUGAAGAGGCACACAGGUCACCACUAUGAAAUGCACUAUGAGAUGCAUCUCUAUUUAAAUUAUAGCCAUGACUUCCUCCUCCGCACCAAUGCAUAUAAAUCAACAUACCUGCAAAUUGGAGUCCUGUUGUUUCCUUAGCACAUUGCAUUUCCUGUAAGUGGAUGCCCUAUUGAUGAUGAUGAUGAUGGUGAUGAUGAUAUACCACCUUUCAUUUCUAGAAGACAUACAGAGGCACUGUAGUUCUGGAACCUGUUGCACAACCCAAGGGCUUGCAGGACAGAGAAGUCUGAACCAUCACCCAACUUUGAGGUGGGGAGCUAGUAUACGCCUUACCCUGGGCCCCACUAUUUUCCAACUUUCCAGUGAAAGAAAGGGCUGUUGUCCUUGUUGGCUUUUUAGACUAUGGCAGUAGUUGUGUUGCUACUACCCGUGUUUAGGGACACGGGUGGCACUGUGGGUUAAACCACAGAGCCUAGGACUUGCUGAUCAGAAGGUCGGCGGUUCAAAUCCCCGCGACGGGGUGAGCUCCCAUUGCUCAGUCCCUGCUCCUGCCAACCUAGCAGUUCGAAAACACGUCAAAGUGCAAGUAGAUAAAUAGGUACCACUCCGGCGGGAAGGUAAACGGCGUUUCCGUGCGCUACUCUGGUUUGCCAGAAGCGGCUUAGUCAUGCUGGCCACAUGACCCAGAAGCUGUACGCCGGCUCCCUCGGCCAAUAAAGCGAGAUGAGCGCCGCAACCCCAGAGUCGGCCACGACUGGACCUAAUGGUCAGGGGUCCCUUUACCUUUACCUUUACCCGUGUUUAAGCAUUUUUCCAAGGCUGCAUUUCCCAGAGUUCCCUGGAAGCAUGUGAGGGGUUCCUGAAUGAGAAGGUGAGUGAGGGUGAACAAACAUCCCUCUGACAACUUUGCUGUGGCUUCCAAACUUCUCCAUCAAUGCAGAGCCGCCAGGGAGCUUUUGGCUGAGUUCUGAGAACAGCAGUAGGAAAACUCCAGCCCUACAGAUGAAGACAUGGUUAGGUGCAAAAGCGAGUUGCAAGGGCUGGCAUUUAGCUGAUAGUCGGAGCUUGCAAAGCCCCAUGCACAGCCAUGAACAAAAAACCAAGGCACCUGUGCCAUGGGUGGAAGAGAUAAGGAUGCAGCCUAUGACCAGAUCCAGUCACCCAAUCCUCUUCUAAGAGGUCUCUCAGUUCAGGAUGGGUCCCCUGCAGGCCUCCCCAGUGCUCCUUUUGAAUUUGAUGUGUGCACCAGGAUUCUUGACAGCAGUGUCCUUGGCAGACAUGGCUGUGUGGCAACCAAAUCAAAGGGAUCCCUAAAGAAUAGUUCUUUAGAAUAGCUCUUAAGAAUAGUUCAGGGGCCUCACUCCUACGUUUUUGAUGCAUGCAGAAGCACACAUGUGCUCAUGAAUGGCCAGAGAGGAUGCAUUGGGAAAAGGCACAUGUUCUCUGAUUUACCUGAGCCUCCUUUCGUAUGGUGGGCGAAUUAACAUCUUCAUCCUGCAGGUAAUGGGUAGGAUCCAUUGUAGCACUAUGCACAAGGGUUUCUGCUUGCACAAAAACAGGGUUCUCCUCUCUCCUGCCCCCCUUCUGUUCCCAACCCUCUGGAGCAGUUUUGUGAAGGGCCUGGGGCACAGGCCAGCUGCGGCAGGGGGGGUCCGAUUGCACAAACAGAAAUCCUUUUGCUGAUGGGACACGGUAGCUUAAUAUAGCCCAAUAUCUGCAUAUUCUUUCCUUUUCUUAUUAAUGUUUUUAAUCCAUUUUAAAACAGUUUUCACUAACUAAACAUUACACCUUGUAAAGUAUAAGGAAAGCAGGAAGCAAUGAGGCAGUGUCGGCACAGGGUAAUGUCUCCAUUUUCUGCCAUAACCAUUCGUGACAGAACAGGAUGGGAUUAUAUGAGUAGCCCGGUUAAACAAAAUGUUCGAAAUGAUUAAUUUUCUGGCUUUUAACUGGUUAAUGGGUUCUUCAAAUUGAAAUAAAAUGACAUAUUAUCAAAUCUCAGUGAAGAUGCCCCUUUUGAAGACCUUGAAGGGAAUAUUUGUAUUUUUAAUUUAUAAUUUUGUGGUGUUUACCUUGUAAACCACUUGAUAGCAUUUUUUUAACAGUAUGCAGUCUAUAAAUUGAUGAAUUAAGUUAAGUAAUUAAUAAAACAGAAAGUGAACAAAUGCACCCCUUGUAUUCUAGCUUCAUGUGAGAGUUUGAAAUAUUCCUUGUUGCUGUAACACAUCAAACUUGUAGCUUUGAUGAGAAACAAGUUCAGGACUUAUUGGCAUUGUGAAGUACCAAGGUUUUAAAAAGCAAGUACAUUUUGAGUUCAGUGGAACACCAGUGGGUGUCAGCUGUUGUGAUUAUUAUUUUGGUAACUUUAGUACAGUCGUUUCAUCAGGACGGGCAAGGUAGCUACCAACUUGAGAUAUACAAACUAAGAAAAAGCCAUGGUCACAUUUAUUGGUUUGUCAAAUCAGAUGCUGGAGUGGGUAAUUGGUCAGUGUGGGGUUGGGCAUUUCGGGAGUGCAAAGGUUUUUAUUUGUGGUCAGGCCUGUCGAUUAACUGACACAGUGCUGAUGUUAAUGAACAGUAAUCUGCCAUUGUAUUCAGCGAUUGUGACCUGCUAUUGAGGCAGGCAAUGUGGUGCCCUCCAGAUAUUGCUGGACUUCCAGUUCCCAUUGAGCCCCAGACAGCAUGGACAGUGGUCAGGUAUGAUUGAAUUUGCUGUCCAAUAAUAUCACAUUGACUACACUGUAUUAGUUGGCUGUUGAUCUGUUAACACUUGCAGCUCUUGGAACAAGUUCGCUUGCAUUGUAUAAACCCAGAAUGGUGCAGCAUGGGUUGGUGCUGUACUGAUGCCACUGCCAAAAUUCUGUAGAUGUGGGAUAGCAGUUGCAUCAGCAAUAGCGUUGCUGGGCAGAUGCCAUCUGGGCACUGCCAGUGUUUGCUUGUUUGUUUGUUGUAUAUACCGUAUAUAUACCGCCCUUCUUCAUAAGAUGUCAGAGCUGCUCACAGAAUAAAAAUACAGGAUAAAAACCAAGUAAAUAAAUGAAACAAAGCAGCAGAACAGCCCCGCCCCCGUCUCAUAAAAAGGUAAAGAACCCCUGACAGUUAAGUCCAGUCGCAGACGACUCUGGGGUUGCAGCACUCAUCUUGCUUUACUGGCCGAGGGAGCCAACGUUUGUCAGCCAUUGUUGUUGUUGUUUAGUCGUUUAGUUGUAUCCGACUCUUCGUGACCCCAUGGAUCAGAGCACACCAGGCACUCCUGUCUUCCACUGCCUCCCGCAGUUUGGUCAAACUUAUGCUAGUAGUUUCGAGAACACUGUCCAACCACCUUGUCCUCUGUCGUCCACUUCUCCUUGUGCCCUCCAUCUUUCCCAACAUCAGGGUCUUUUCCAGGGAGUCUUCUCUUCUCAUGAGGUGGCCAAAGUACUGGAGCCUCAGUGCCUCAGCUUCAGGAUCUGUCCUUCCAGUGAGCACUCAGGGCUGAUUUCCCUAAGAAUGGAUAGGUUUGAUCUUCUUGCAGUCCAUGGGACUCUCAAGAGUCUCCUCCAGCACCGUAAUUCAAAAGCAUCAAUUCUUCAGAGAUCAGCCUUCUUUAUGGUCCAGCUCUCACUUCCAUACAUCACUACUGGGAAAACCAUAGCUUUAACUAUACGGACUUUUGUUGGCAAGGUGAUGUCUCUGCUUUUUAAGAUGCUGUCUAGGCACAUUUAAAAAGCUGUAGAAUAUUAAUCAGCCCAGGGCCUGCUUGAAGAGGAACGUUUUCCCCUGGCACCUAAAGUAUAUAUAUAGUGAAGGCAGCAGGCGAUCUUCCCUGGGGAGAGCAUUAAACAAACGGGGGGGGGGGCACUACAGAGAAGGCCCUCUGGACCUCACGUGGAGGAGGCAAACCAAGAAGGGCUUCAGAUUCAUGAAUGCAGAGUCAGAGAUUGUUUAUAUGGAGGAGAGGCAGUCCUUCAGGUAUUGCGGUCCUGAGCAGUUUAAGGCUGUAUAGGUCAAAACCAUCACUUUAAAUUUGGCUUGGAAACUAAUUGGCAGCCAGAGCAGUCAGACCAAAAUCAGUGUGGUGUGCUCAGUGAGCAACCUGGCUGCUGAAUUCUGCACUGGCUGAAGCGUCCAAACCAUCUUCAGAGGCAACCCUACGUAUAACGUGCUGCAAUAAUCCAAGCUAGAGGUUACCAGAGCAUAGACAACAGAGGUUAGGCUGUCACUGUCCAGACAGGGGCAUAACUGGGCCACUAGCCGAAGGUGAUGGGAGGCAUUCCAAGCCACUGAGGCCACCUGAACCUUAAGCGACAGCAGAUCCCUGCUUCUCCGCUGGGCCACACACACACACACACACACACAACCAUUGCAGCACACUGGGCAGAGUUGGGGCUUUGGAGAAAGCAUGAAAAAACCAGAUAAUGUACACCCCAUAACCAAACUCUGGCUUCUGGGUGACUUGCUUUGUAACCCUGUGUGAAGGAGAGGAAGAGGCAAAAUGGUGUUGUGCGCUGGGGGCAGAACUAUGUCGCAGGGCAGGGUAGGUGUAGAGGAAGCAGCUCUCAUACAAACAGUGUUGUUUGUUCCCCGUCCUCAGAUGCCUCCGGCGCAUCUUGCAGACUUCAGCACAUAAACCGGGCAUUUUGAUGUGGCGUUCCAGGCGCCAAAUAUGACUCAGGGCGGUCUUCUACUGCACAAAGCCCUGGGCAGCUUCCAAUAUAUCUCAGUCCCUGCCACAGGGCUGGCUGGAGUUAUUUUUGCUGCCCUAGGCAAAAAAAUUAUUUCGUUGUCCCCCUCAUCUUGUUGCAUGAAGUCGUGUGUGUUUGGAGGCAUAAGUAUGUUCUGUUAUUUGUGAGUCCCACCCCCCACCUGAUUACCGUCCCUUUCCCUUGCUCCAGAAGUGAAUGGAGGCCAUUUGGGAAACCUGUGAAGUUGGGACAUGUCCUUUGUCCCAAACAUCUGGUUGAUGGGGGGCAGUAACUGUAUUCCUCCCUCCAUUUCCUUAUUACCUCUUGAAUUCUGCUGCCCCAGGAAGCUGCCUUCAUUGCCCUAACGGCUACUGCCAGCCCUGCUCCAUCACAAUAAGUUAAUUGGGUAAACUAAAACCACAGCUGGGCAAGUGUGUACAUCACAUAGCUGUUUCUGUAAUACCACUAAUUAUCUGGGGUGAGGUUAGGGUGACCCGAUUUAAUCAGAGGUGGGGCUCCCUUGGAUCUUCUGUACUCCUCUAGAUGUGAGAAUUCCGUCAGGUGCGCCUCGGGUUGGUGUGGGAAAAGAGGCAUCAAUGAAAAUGAGUCUCUUUCCAUAAAGGUGCACACGCCCCACCCACGCUUGCAACAGGUAACCUCGCAGCUGAGGAUGCCAUUCCAUCCCACAUGUUUGGGAGGUGGUGUUGGGAAAGUGCCUAGACCAAGCGGUUACCUAAUUCAAAGUUCGCUUUUUGGAGCCUGAUUUCAAAAUGAAAGUCUAGCAGGGGUCUGCAACCUUUAAGACAAAAAGAGCCACUUGGACCCGUUUCCGAAGAAAAAAAACCUGGGAGCCGCAAAACUCGUCAUUAUAAAAAUAACUUUUUUGUCACUUUUUUAUUAUUUCUUUGUUUGACCCCUCAGAAUUACUCCUCCUCAUAGAAAUAAACGUUAAAUUAACAAGUUACCUUUUUGUGUGUGUGUGUGUUCUUCACUCCCCUUCAAAACAGUGACCAACGUACAUGCCCCCUUUCAAUGCAGUGACCAGCGUACAUGCCCCUUACAAUGUAGUGGGCGGGCGGGUGGGAAGGUGACGUCGGGACGGUGCGUGACUAACGCACGCACCGCCCCCAUGCGACGUCACAGCCAGUACAGCGCCCGCCACAGUGGGGAGUGUCGGGGCGCACAAUGCGCCUCCUCCCCUCGCUAGUAUCCGCCCCGGAGCCGCGGCAAAGGUGUAAAAGAGCCACAUGCGGCUCCGGAGCCGCGGGUUGCAGACCCCUGGUCUAGCCCGAUAGGGAGGGAGCUCAUGCUAGAUCCAGAUAUCAGCUUCAUCCAGUGAUGCCAUCACUGAACAGAAAAUUGGAAGGGAAGGGAAGAGGGACAGAGGCGGGUGUUGACCAUGGCACCUGUGCUGGUCCCGUGGGUUUCCGUGAGGCGAGGUCCGAGUCUAGUCCGAGGUCGAGGGAGCAGUAUUGAGGCUGUCCGUCAAAGCUGAAGCGGGGUCCAAGGCAGGGAGUCAGGUGAGGUCAGGAGAUCCGGCAGGACAGGGUGCAGGCAGGAACUGGCUACCAACAACGUUGCUCCCGCAACUUGGGGUUGGCUGGCUUUUAUCUGCCCCGAGGUAUAGGGCGGCCCCAGUCCACAGGUGACUCGCCUCUCCUGGUCUGGAGGCGAGCACUCCUCCUGCGGGAACUCAGUUCCCUCCGCCUUUCUGCCCUAAGCCUCUGCAACUCAGGAGAGGCUGGAGGGUUACCGGACCCAGAGGCAACCUCAACCUCCCCUGACGGGGCUGAGAGUGGAGCACCUGCAGGCAACGGGUCCUCCAUCACCUCAGGAGCCAGAGCAGACUCAGCUGGUGCCUGCACCUGAGGAUUCAGCACAGGUGAGGAUCCUUCAGGCUCAAGCCCCAGCCCCGGCUAAGCUGGUUCUGGAGGCGGGGACUCCUGAACAGGCUGGGAUUCCUCAGGUUCAGCCUCCAAGUCUGAAUCCCAGGCCAUCACAGCACCCCUGACCACCAUUCAAGGCACCCCAGGGUACCACAGCACACUGGUUGAAAACCAGUGAUUUCAGUCUGUAGUUGUGCCCUUAGUGAGUAAAAACAGGGCACAGUGUGAGGUGUGUUUGUCUCGAUGCGCUGCCUUUGCUGCUCUUGUGCUGGAGUUGCUGUGCCACCCACAUCUACCCUGCUGGUAUGAUGGUUUGGACUGGCAGCAAUCAGGGAGGACUGGCACAGUCUUACUGGUGGUCUAAACAGAGCAACCAAUAGUAAACAGCAAUAAAAGGGGUGGUGGCCACCUACAAAAAUGAUCUCUUGGAAGUGACUUACUUAAGGAACUCUUACUGAGACUUCCUUUGUUUUCUUCUGCUAUGUUUUACGCCACAAAGAGAAAUUGGGGCGCCAGCGGCGGGGCUUCCCAUCCUCCUGCUAUAGCACACAACUAGUUGAGCAGGAAGCAUCCCAGCCAAAGGCGCGUACUUAUGUGAGAGCUGGUGUAGAAGCUUAGAGCGUUGUUGUAAACAUAAUCUGGUCUUGUUCCCUUAUGGGGUACACAAGAGCCCUUAUAGAGUCCUUUGUUGGUUCUCCAUCGGUAGGCGAAAAUAAUAGAAGCCAACCAGAGAAUAUUGAGAAGCAAAGCAGCUAGUAAGCCUGAUCUUUAUAAACCCUGUUGCAACAGGGUGCUCCCUUCACACGCAGGCAAGGAGGAAGACCCAGAACAAAGGUGCGCCUCCCCUUAUACAGUAGUACCUCAGGUUACAUAUGCUUCAGUUUACAUACGCUUCAAGUUACAGACUCCGCUAACCCAGAAAUAGUGCUUCAGGUUAAGAACUUUGCUUCAGGAUGAGAACAGAAAUUGUGCUUUGGCGGCGCGGCGGCAGCAGGAGGCCCCAUUAGCUAAAGUGGUGCUUCAGGUUAAGAACAGUUUCAGGUUAAGAACGGACUUCCGGAACGAAUUAAGUACUUAACCUGAGGUACCACUGUAUAGAUAUUUUGAAAUUCCCUGCCCUGGAGCUCAAGACCACCCCCAGAGACCUCAUAUAUAUAUCACAGAAGGGGUGUAGCCCAAAGAUGCCCCCCCCCGAUACAUCAUAGAAAAUGCGGUCUACGACAGAAAUCUGAGUGAAAUUCUUAUAACAGCGUCAGCCAGGAAAUCCCCAGUUCAAACAUCACUUUGACUAUGAACAUACUGGAUGCGGCCUCAGCCAAGCAUAUAUUCCCCCCUUGCAAACCAGCAAUGACCCUACCUACCUAUAGGGAUUUACAAAGGCCAUGGAGAGCUUUUUCCUCCUUGAAUUUGUCUAAACCUCUUUUAAAUCCAUCGCUGCCUCCUGGGGGAGCUAAUUCUGUACUUUUAACUAUAUGCACAGUGUGAAGAAAUGCUUCCUUUCCUCUGUCCUUGGCCUCCCACUGUUCACACCGCAUUAGCUUUAGCUUUCCAUGCUACUGCUUGCCACUUCUCUUCUUAAAAUCUGCUUAGGCAUGUGCUACUGCAGAGCAACCCUGUCAAAGCAGAGGACAACUCACUUCCCAGGAUGAACUAAAAAACUGAAACUUAAAAGGAACACCCACGAGCCAACAGGGUUUCGAAACUUCUUUGGGAGAGGCAAUGCAACAACAAGCAAGAACCGCAAAACAUAUCCUAUAGAUGUCUUUGACAUUCGUACAGUUGCAUUCCAUGCAGCAAUCACGAUAGCAGUGAAUGCAAUAUUCACUGAGAAAAGCACUCUUGUUUCCCCGGAUUUAUAACACUGAGCUUGCGAGAGCUUGAGAAGGCGUGGUCUCUCAGCAAUAAAGCGUAACAGUCAGGGAAGAUGUGUAGAUGCUGUACAGCGGCAGGCAGGAAACAUGCACAGAUUCAUAGCACCAAAGAAACAACAGCCCUAUGUUUGCACCCACUUUAAUUGUUCCAUGGUUCACAAUGUUCACAGUACAAUUCUGCCAGUGUUCCUGUAGUGCUGUGCAUUGUCUGUUCCUGCACCCUUUGGGUCAUGGAUGCUAGUGUAUCUGAGCUGCACCAUGAGAUGUUUCAGGAAUCUGCCAGGGAUGGACUAGAUGGCCCUUGGAUUCCCCUCCAACUCUACAAUUCUAUGAUUUACGAACAGAUAUAUUAAUUACCCUGCUAGAUGAACUUUGAAAAAGCCUACUUUCGCAAUUGCUUCCAGCCAAAUACCGUUCUUGAAUGGUGUAAUCAUACAACAUGUUAUUUUCUUCAGAGAUCAUCCCUGCCCUAUCCCAAGGGCUUACGGCAGGUUACACUGUAUCCCUAUCUAAUUUUAUCUUGACAGCGGUCCCUGGGUGUACGUGAGCUUGGCAGUGAACUUGCCCAAGGGCACCCUGUGAACUUCAUGGCUCAGUUGUGAUUUAGGCGUGGGAUUCCUGCAAACUUAUACAACACUUUCUGCAAGCAAUAAAACAUAACAAAAUUGCAAUCAGGCAAGAAAGAGGGAUGCAGUGGAUAUGAAUGGUUCUCUCUGUUUCUGGGAGCCAACCUGGGUGUGAUGUGUCUCACAGUGCUUAUUUCACUUUAAUGCAGCCAUUGGAGGGGGUGUCUGAAAUUGAUCAGAGCAGUAGCAGUGCACAGGGAGUACUUAACCCUUUCCCUGUUGGCUGCUUCCUCCAAUAAUCACCCCUCCCAGCUGCUUUUGUCCACGCGGGGGAAAAGAUGGAUCAUGUAUCUUUUCCCCCAUGAGUGAGAAGUCUUCACAUAAUGAUCUUGAUGGGGGGGAAUAGUACCAUGCACGGAAGGGGGUUAAGCAGUCCGCCCGCUCCCCAAUGCUGCUGCUAUCAAAUCUGCAGUACAGUUGUACCUCGGGUUACAGACCCUUCAGGUUACAUACACUUCAGGUUACAGACUCUGCUAACCCAGAAAUAGUACCUCGGGUUAAGAACUUUGCUUCAGGAUGAGAACAGAAAUCGUGCAGCGGCAGCGGGAGGCCCCAUUGGCUAAAGUGGUGCUUCAGGUUAGGAACAGUUUCAGGUUAAGAAUGGACCUCCGGAACGAAUUAAGUUCUUAACCCGAGGUACCACUGUAUGCGUCUAUAUUGAAUUUGGGAAAUGGCUCGCUUACCUCUCAUAUGAUGUGCAGAGUGGCACCGGUUUCCUCAUUUUAGGUGCCAGCUCUGCUGUUCCACUGAAAAAAUCGGGAACAUAUGCCAGAUACUCUUUUCUUACCUAUGUGAAUGUUAAUUAUGCUCCCUCACCUUAAAAUAAAAGUCUGUGGGUAUAAAGUGACUUGGUGUGAUCUCAGGAGUGCCUGAGGGCAAAAGCAUUCUGACUAGAUGGGUCAGUAUUGGUUUGUUAAGGUAAUUUCCUCACCCUUUCCUCUUUAUUAUUAUUAUUAUUUUCCUAAGGGGAAAAAGCUGGGGAUCAGGGACAGAGUUGUAGGGAAUGUGAUGACUCGCCCUUCUUUGAAAACUUAGGACAGGAGUCAGCAAACUUUUUCAGCAGGGGGCCGGUCCACUGUCCCUUGUGGGGGGCCAGACUAUAUUUUGGGGGGGGGGGAAUGAUGCGAGCCGCAGGGGCUGGCGGUGGCGGCAAAGGGACGAUGAGCGGCGUGCGAAAGGGAUCUGGAGAGGGGCUGCUUAAAAUGGCGGCCGCUCGAAUGCUUCUGCUGCUGCUGGCAUCAACAAAGCCCCGCCCCCUUCCUCCUCUAGGCAGGGCAGGGAGAAGCCAGGAAGAGGGAGGGAGGAAGCGCUGCCGCCGCCACCGUAUGAGGGAGAGGGAAAGAACGAUCCACGUGGCGAUUCCCGGACUGUCUGCAAGCCGGAUCCGGAAGGCAAUUGGGCCUGAUCCGGCCCACAGGCCUUAUUUUGCCUACCCAUGGCUUAGGAAAUGGCUUCUUCCUCCUCUGUGGAUUAGACCAACUCACUUUACCUCAGCCUCAGUUCCACGUCUUUAUGGGUCUAGAAUAGUGUUGACCUACAUCUCAGGGGAUGUUUGAAAGGCAAACAUGAUAAAAAUUGGAGGGUCACAUUCAAGUAACUGGAUGCUUUCUGGGAGGAUACCCCUAUUAUUAUUAUUAUUUCUAUACUGCUUUAUAUUUUUAAGGGAUGGGGGAAUUUCAAAGUGAUUUACAAACUACAUUAAAGCAUCCGAUAAAACAAUCCAGAACAGAACAUUACUGAAGAAAGUCAAAUACAAAGUAUGCAUUCAAAGCAGCGUAAUUAGCAGGAAGCUAAAAUAUCUUCAAGAUAAUAAAAAUAAAACAUUACAACCACAGAAAGCACAUUUAACACAGCAAAGUUAACAACAACAGCAGCAACAACAAAAAUCUUAAAACAUUUCAAAAGAACACAUCGCUAAUGGAAGUCAGAUAUAAAAAUGCACAUUUAAAUCAGCAUAAUUAGCAAGAGAAUGAAAUAUUAUAAGCAUAGGACAUAUCUGCUGCUGUUGCUGCCAGUCCUGGUAGCUCAGUGGCUAUGAAAGUUCAGGCUUGAUGACCUGGGUUUGCACUAAGAGAGCCAGUAUUUUCUUUGUGCAAUUCUUGGUUCAUCACAGUGUUCAGGUCUGUAAGAGAGCCCUGAGCUCUGGCUAAGAUUUUGCAGUGUAUGGACUGGGUAUAUAUGCUCUCCUGUGGAUUCACUCAAGUAUAACUAGGUAUGUGUUCAUGCCAUUCAGACCUGUUGGAGCACUUUUGUAGCAUAGCACAGUUAAAGGUAUUUUAAAAAACAAACAAACAUAGAAUCAUAGAAUUGCAGAGUUGGAAAAGAUUCCGAGGGCCAUCGUCCAACCUCCUGCAAUGCAGGAAUCCCAACUAAAGCAUCCAUGACAGAUGGCCAUCCAACCUCUGCUUAAAAACCUCUAAUGAAGGAGACUUCACAACCUGCUGAGGGAUAAGGCAUUUAUGCCUAUAAGCAUGAUAGAGGCACCUGGGAGUGAAUUGGACAGGUUUCAAAGGCUAACCUUUAAGCACUAUCAUGUUCAGCUGUAGCUUGCAGCUGGUAGUCUUGCAAUUAGUGGGUUUUCCACCCGCACCCAUUUUUUGUGGCAUUAGGGCAUGGUGGCAGGGGUAUUUUUCCAAGAUACGGUACAUCCCUGAAAAAAGCUGGUGGACAAAAUCCUAGCUGGAGGGGGCAUCUGCAUAAAGAGGAACUAUCAUUUCCUAGAGUACUCUCUGAAUAGAUAAUGUGUGGCACUUGGAUGAAUUUGCCAACUGGGAAGAGCCAGGUUUCCAAAAUACACUCCUAAGUUGAAGGGUAGGGACGCGGGUGGCGCUGUGGGUUAAACCACAGAGCCUAGGGCUUGCUGAUCAGAAGGUCGGUGGUUCGAAUCCCCGCGAUGGGGUGAGCUCCCGUUGCCCGGUCCCUGCUCCCGCCAACCUAGCAGUUCCAAAGCACAUCAAAGUGCAAGUAGAUAAAUAGGUACCGCUCCGGCGGGAAGGUAAACAGCGUUUCUGUGCGCUGCUCUGGUUCGCCAGAAGCGUCUUAAGUCAUGCUGGCCACAUGACCCGGAAGCUGUACACCGGCUCUCUUGGCCAAUAAAGCGAGCUGAGCUCCGCAACCCCAGAGUCAGCCACGACUGGACCUAAUGGUCAGGGGUCCCUUUACCUUUAAGUUGAAGGGUAGAAGUUUCCCAUCUUGAAUAUUGCACUUUUUUUUUUAAAGCAUGGUUAAACUCUGGGUGCUUUUACACCUGAUGCCAAGACCACCUUUCUAUCUCUAUUGUGACUUAAUUUGAAUAUGUUUGAUGAGCUGUGUAACAUGGCAAGCAGCCAUUCUAAAACAUGAAAAGAGAUGUCAACGAGUUAAACAACUAUAAAAAUUUUCGUAGACAUCCCAAAGCAGCCUUGUUUUGGGAAGCUUUUAAUGUCUGAUUUCUAUUUUGCUUUGUUUUAUUUUUAUUUUUGUUGGAAGCCACCCAGAGUGACAGAUGGGCGAGGAAUAAGAGAUUAAUUAUAAUAAUAAUUAUAACUAUUAACGUUGCCCCUAGAAAUGUGACUAAUUCUAAAGUCUCAAGUGGCAUUUCCUGCACUAGAAAAAAGUGGGAGUGGUUGGGUUUUUUUAAUCGACCUGCAAAGGUCUUAAUGUAGAUCACUGUUACUCUUGUCAUGUGAUUUGAAAAAUGCAACAUUCAGUAUAACUACUGGUUUUGAAAGUGUUCUGUGUCCACACAGAUUUUGCUUUAUUUUUAGCAGAAGGAAUGCACUUUUGAACUGUGUGAAAAGCUCACCAGACUGGUACUCUGGACAAGAGGGGAACCAGCACAGAAAGAACCAGUAGUUAGGUUCUUGUGGCUUAGAUAGGUGAGAUGUUGACCUAGACCUCAAAUCUUUUCCAGCCUUUGGGAAGGGAGUUGGGUUUCGGAUUUUCCAGCCAAAAAAAGUUGGAGUGUGUAUAAAUGUGUGUGUGUGUGUGUGUGUGUGUGUGUGUGUGUGGUAACAGGGAGUGGACUUUGGUAACAUGGCACCCUGAGCGAGCACAAAAUUUGGUACCCCCCGCUAUAUUUCUUAUUUUCACCAUAAUUCUUUCAUUUUAAGGUUAUUAUUUGGAGUCCAUUGCAGGGGAACCGCCCAAAUCCGGCGUUGACUGUAGAGCAAUUUACAUAGAACAUCCUCAGCUGGGUUGGUGGAUUUGCUUUGGUGUCGUCUGCUGACGCAGCUCAGGCAGAAGAACAAAAGUAGCAUUGUCUCGUUGUCCCUGUGACAUGUUUUGCCAGUCACUGAGAAGCACCUGGGGCAAGAGAGUCCUAUCUGGAUGGUUCCACGGCAAGAGGUGCGUUGUAUUUCAGCCCUUGGACCUGAGCCAGCGGAGCACAUCUCUGAAAGUGCUCUUAGGAUUAAAUCGAAUUGUGCCUUUUCAAAUACUUGUAAUUAUUCUGAGAAUCUUCCGUUGCAAUUCCCCUCUUCCAAUGAGGCAUAUGUAUACCUGGGGUGGAGAGUAGGCAGUACAGCGGUACCUCGGGAUGCGAACGGGAUCCGUUCUGGAUAUGUAUUCCCUUCCACAUUGACAACAUUCUCAAAUGGCACUAGUGGUGGGAGUGAGUCUUUUCCAGUGUCUUUUGUGGAAAUGUUAUUUAUUCCGUUUUUGCUUGAGCAGAGUUCCAUUGAACCUUGGGCUUUAAGUGAGCUCCCAAGGAGGCAAGAAGUGGCUUCUGGUGUCAUCUAGGUUUCAGCAUAGAAUAUAGCAUGUGAGUGAGAUAAAGCCAAUAAGACAGUGGAUGCAUAUACUAAUAACUGAGCAGGGGUUUUUUUUUGGGGGGGUGCUCCUUCACAGAGGGAGGAAAUUAUAUCCUUUGAAGUGUAAUCUUAGAUGCUUCCCAUUCUCAAUUGAUUAACAUUCUCAAUUGAUUUAGAAAUGUUUGCUGUGGAAAGACACUGGAUAGCCAGCUUGAUACCAGUGCAUCUGCUGUCAUGAGAGUUGGAAAACAUUUAAAAUAAAAAUAAAAAGAGCCUGUACUGUUUAUGACACCUGCAUCAUGUUCUAAAGGUAAAGGGACCCCUGACCAUUAGGUCCCGUCGUGGCCGACUCUGGGGUUGUGGCGCUCGUCUCACUUUAUUGGACGAGGGAGCCAGUGUAUAGCUUCCAGGUCAUGUGGCCAGCAUGACUAAGCUGCUUCUGGCGAACCAGAGCAGCGCACAGAAACGCUGUUUACCUUCCUGCCAGAGUGGUACGUAUUUAUCUACUUGCACUUUGACGUGCUUUCGAACUGCUAGGUUGGCAGGAGCAGGGACCGAGCAAUGGGAGCUCACCCCGUUGCAGGGAUUCGAACUGCUGACCUUCUGAUUGGCAAGCCCUAGGCUCUGUGGUUUAACCCAUAGCGCCACCCGCGUCCCUCAUCAUGUUCUAAUCCUUCCUUAAAAUGGCCAGAUGCUCAAAUGUCAAGAGGAUCUGCCCAACCCUCUGACAGGUGCCAUCCUUUUCAACAUACAUCAUCUUCCCUACCAGAGGCGCCACUUUAUGAGGGCGAUUUGGGGCAUCAACGUCUCGUGCGUGACAUCAUGGCAUCCUACGUGUGAUGCCAGGAUGUUGGGAGGAGCUGGGGCAGAGCCAAACGCGGCAGUUGUGUGGCCUCAGUGGCCAGUGGCGGCCGCUCCUCUUGGUGCUUGAUAACUCUCCCAGUGCCCUAAUCCUGGCUGCUGUGUUUUCUAAAGCUGGUGCAUACAAUACAUAGGGUUGUGUACAUGGCAAAUGAGUGCCUGUGCUUUUGAUUUCAUGAUAUGGCUAUAUAUUUAUUUAAACUUUGUGUUAUUUUUACCAACUCAUAGGACUUUGGUUUGGGGUAGGGGUGUGAUUCCCAUGACUGCCUCAGUCUGUGUGGGGGGGGACCCCAACUUUUGCUGAUUUGUAGCUGAGGAAAGCUUCAAUAAGAUGGUUGUGAAGCUUCUGGUGUGGUGGGGCUUUCACCCUGACCUCAACUUUUGAAACUACAAAUCCCCAUUGCGGGAGGUUUGCAGCAGCAUGCCAGGGCUGAGCUCUCCAUGUGCCACCAGCGUGCGAGUGGGUGCGUGUACAACUGCUUUGCGGUUACAUUUCAGAAACUGCAAGGCAGCAAACACAACAGAAAAAAGCUUGAACAACCUGUUGCAACACAUUCUUAAAAGUUAGAUGGCCGUAGCCUUUCUGAUUCGGACAUAUAUCCAUCAGAUGAACCAAUUAAUCCAACCCCUGGGAUACUAGAAAUAAAAGAAUUUCUGGCUAUUCAGACUGAAUAACCUAACACCCAUGGUCUUGCCAUGGAGAAUACUUGAAACCUUCACCUCUGCUUUUAAUUAUUUUUAAAACCUCCAUUGCAUUUAUUUAGCAAAUGUCUCCUUCCUGAGAUUCUCUCCAUCAUUUGCAUUCUAAGAGCCUGGUGUGAAAUGGAACUAUGGAACUGACUUGUGCGGUAGCGGAAAGUUUUAAGCAAUUUUAAGCUGAUCUCUGUUUUAUCAAAAUAAAAAAAUUCCUUCCAGUAGCACCUUAGAGACCAACUAAGUUUGUUCUUGGUAUGAGCUUUCGUGUGCAUGCACACUUCUUCAGAUCUUAUCAGUCACUUAUUUUUGCUCAUCUGUUUUUGUGCAUAUGCCUCCCCCCCACCGCUGACAUCCUUCUUAUUGUGUGUUCAUGAUGAUUUGUGCUCAUCUGCAACAACUGGUGCCAUUGUAUGCAAUCUCACUUUCAAUACUGUUUGCACCUGCGGACAUUUCGAGGCAAACAUACUGCUUUGUUUCCAAUCAGUGUGUGUCCCAUAACGUAUUCCUGUUGCUGGAAUCCUAUAAUUUUCUUACGCCACAAAUGUUUGCAAGGGCCCUUAAGGACUUCACAAAUUUAUAAACACCACUCCAUAUCUGGAGGUCCUUCCCUAUAAUCCUUGAGGUAUGAGACUCUCUGUAGUUAGUGAAGAAGGAAAUAUACUUUGCACCUGCUUAGGGGCAUUCUCACGAGUUCACCCUUCUAGGGGCAGGGCCCUGCCAGUGAGAUGUUACAGGUGGCUACUGGGGGAGAGCCUUUUUGGUGGCGGCACCUCAGCUCUGUUGUUCCCUCCUCAGAGAGACUCGCUUGGUGCCUACUUGUGGGUUAUUUUAAAUCUGGUGUAAAUCUGGUUUUGAACUACGACUCCAUUAAUCCCUGAACACUGUUAGGCCGCGGAGAGUUGUAGUCAAAAACAUCUGGAAGGUGCCAUGUUGGGAAAUCUGCGACUUCAAUAUUAUUCUGUUGAAACUGUUAAGCUGCCCAAAUAAUGUUGCUGUCUAGUGCACAUACACAUGAGGUCAGUAAAUUAAAAAACGUGCAGCUGUGCUAAGGCCUGGUAUUCAAAGCAGUUCUUGGGGCUGCAUGCAUGCAAGCCCUGGCAAAAAUGCAAGCUUUGCCACCUAGUAAAGGAAGCAUUCUAGCUCAGGGGUGAAACUAGGGGCAGGCAACCUAAGGCCCGGGGGCCAGAUGCGGCCCAAUUGCCUUCUCAGUCUGGCUUGCGGAUGGUCCGGGAAUCAGCGUGUUUUACAUGAGUGGAAUGUGUCCUUUUAUUUAAAAUGCAUCUCUGGGUUAUUUGUGGGGCAUAGGAAUUCGUUCAUUUCCCCCAAAAAAAUAUAAUCCGUCCCACCACACGGUCUGAGGGAAGGUGGACCGGCCCAUGGCUGGAAAAGGUUGCUAACACCUGGGUAAAACUCAUGUAGGGAGAAGGUCCAGCUGCAGACCCUGCUGUCUCUAGUUCAAAGGAUUUCAAGUAGAACCCUGAGAGAGGUCUGAGCCUGAGACCUUGGAGAACUGCUGUCAUUCAGUCAUUACUGAGCUAGAUGGAAUCAGUUGCCCCAUUUAGUAGAAGGUACUCUCAUAACCUUGCUUCGUGUCUGAGUUGGCACCUGGUUCAUCUAAACCUGGGCAUGGAACUCCGCAGCCUUUGCAAGCUGCUUUCUCGGCACAAACAUUGACCCGGGGGGGAGCCCCUUAGUGCCUGUAGCAGAAAAUUGGGGGUUGUGUGCUUCUAAUUCCAAACCAGCCCCACCCUUCUCUCCUCCACCCAAUGCUGCGUGUGGGAUCAGUAAGGGGAGAGAGCGAUGCCGGCGUGGAAAGGGUUAGUGGCUGGGUGCUGGCGGGCUCAGGAAUGCGGUGCUGCCAGUCAAGGGAAGGGCCCUGCUCCCAGGUGCUCAGCCCAAGAACCUCUUUGGAGAUUGUUUUGUUUUUAUUGCUCAAGCUUGUAGGCUUGUUCCCAUAUGGGACGCGUCAGGGAGGCAGUUCCUGUGUUUCACUCUCUGUGGGUUCUGAAGCAGCCACGCCCGCAGCGAGCUACUUCCAGAAUUCAACUGUGAACUGGGAAGUUGAAAACACACACAGUGUGUGUGUUUGUGUGCAUAUUCUCUCACACAAACAUACCAGUGCAUGCCUGUAUGUGCUCACUGAUCCACAGCUAUAUUCAUGGACCUAUUCUCCAUGAAAAACCCUAGCUACACACAAUGCUGUAAGGAGCUUGCAUUCACAUGGACCCAUCACAUUGUGUCACCUCGGUAUGAAUGACUCAAGGGCAAAUGUUCACAGACUCCAGGCAUCUUCUGAAAUAGAGAUCCACGAAGUGGAUCGCUCAGUUGGUGGAGCAGGAGACACUUAAUCUCAGAGCCGUGGAUUCAAGCAAAAGAUUCCUGAAUUACAGGGAGUUGUCCUAGAUGACCUUUGUGAUCCCUUCCAACUCUGCGUACGACUCUUUGAAGUCAUACAUGCAUUUGCCAGUUCUCUUUUGCUGUUUUCUUCCAGCAAUUCCUUGUGAACCUUGCUGAUGGCACCUUCUCCGUACACCACCGGCAGUUACCAUAGGAUCGCUUUCUAGUUAGGAAGUGGAAGCCCUCUCUAGGGUACACCGAAACACCCUGGGGUGGGGUGUAGGAGUCCUGCUGCAUCCAUGCAUGUAGGGACAAAGCAGUUUAAGCGUUGGGUGUGUGCUCAAGGCUCAAUGUUGAGCCAAAGCUUAGCUUGCAGUGUUGUUGCACGAGCCCUGGAAUCAGAGGCAGAGCUAGUUGCUUGGGCACCCAGAGCGGCGCACCCAGCGGCAGGGUGAACUGCCCGUGAGGGCGGGGCGAGCAUCCCAGGGGGCACCACAAGCAGCAAGUGUCCCAGGGGGACAGGGCAAUGAUGUCACACCCCUCAGGGAUGACACCUGGGGCGGACGCACCCACCGCACCCCCCUUUCCUCCGUCAGUGCCUGGAAUAAGCCCAGUAAGGCAGGGUUUGUUAAUGGAAGUGACAGUGAGAACAGGCCCACAACCAAAGGUGGGAGAACCUCUGCCCUGCAGUCUUAUUUAUUUCUCCCCGUUUGGCCUACCAUGCCAUUUGGGUGUAGGGCCCUAUGACGCCAGGUGUACUGCGGGACAGGUUAAGGCAUGACUGGGCCCAGGGCGAAGCAUACCAGUCCAUUCACCCACAUGCAGUAGCAUCCCUAGUAGCCACAAGUCAGCGCAUUGUUAAGCCAAGCCAGAAACUUUCUCACCAGUAUGUAGUCUCCAUAGGAACCCUGGCAGGAGUGAGGCAGUUGCACAGGGAACAGGGCGAAGUAAAACUAUGCAACACUGGAAAAGCACUAGGCAAGACCGGCAGGGAGUCUUGAAGCUGAGAUUAUAUAUGCACCCAGUGGCACUGCAAGCUGGUGAGCAAUACAUGCUGUUUCCUGCAAGUGUCACAAACAGCCACAUUCUUGGAAGCCUGACUUGUUAAUCUGACGUCUUGUUUUGGCACAUCCUACCUCCAGAUGGGUAUGGAGCAACUGUGAACUCUGUUUCGAAAGCCUUUCGCUUGUCUUCUGUCUGCUUUUGUCCUUUGGUGAAAUCGGUGGCACUCCCAGAGGUGAUGCCAAUGAGAUACCUUAAAUGUGCUCAUGGCCCUAUAAUUGACUUGUCUCCUUGACAGCAACCUUGCCUUUAGCAGUAGAUAUGUGUCCUGUCUGGUGGGACUGAGUCUUAACUUUCAUAGCCUUGUUGUUUAUGUGGAUAGCUCAUUCCAGUAGUGCAUUGCUAGCAAUCACAUCCUGUUGGUACUUAAUAUAAUACUGUGGCAAGACACAAAGGUGCCUUAUGACAAAACCUCCUCAACUGUCAAAUGUCAUCUACAGAAAACCCAUGUUAAAUAAUCAUGCAGCAGAUAGAUAAAUAAAGACCACAGCUUUUGGAUUGGAGCCAAGCUUAAUGCUGUCACACUCACUCCACAAUUUAUUUUGUCAGUGUAUUGAAUUCCUUAGUGUGCAUUCUCUCCCUGUUUUGCUCUCCAGAUACUAGUAUCUGGAUGCAUAUCCUUACACACACUGAAAAAGUGUGUACCCCAAGUCCACAUUCAGUGAAACGUAUACUUACAGAUUAUACAAUUCACACCCUAAAAGGUAAAUGUAAAGGGACCCCUGAGCAUUAGGUCCAGUCGUGGCCGACUCUGGGGUUGCGCGUUCAUCUCGCUUUAUUGGCCGAGGGAGCCAGCAUACAGCUUCCGGGUCAUGUGGCCAGCAUGACUAAGCCGCUUCUGGCGAACCAGAGUAGCGCACGGAAACGCCAUUUACCUUCCCGCCAGAGCGGUAUCUAUUUAUCUACUUGCACUUUGAGGUGCUUUCGAACUGCUAGGUUGGCAGGAGCAGGGACCGAGCAAUGGGAGCUCACCCCGUCACGGGGAUUCGAACUGCCGACCUUCUGAUCGGCAAGUCCUAGGCUCUGUGGUUUAACCCACAGUGCCACUCAUGUCCCUCUAAUUCACACCCUAACUUUUCUCAAAUAUGCAUAGUCCACACCCCAGUAUGUUGAUAGUUGCAUGCAAUGUUUUGCAGCCAGAAUUUUGUACUUCUGCAUGGACCUGGAGAAAUGGUGCAUGGUAUAAAUUCUUUGUACCUCAACAGUGCAUGCAGUAGCACUACUCAUGCAUUCGGAGUGCCUUUCUCAAUUCAUUUUCUUCGUUUAUUUAUUUUUUAAAUUUCAUGUGCACAGUGUCUCAGGGCGCAGUGGGGAAGAGGAAUUAGCCACGGAUUAAGAGUGCUUACCACAUUUCUAAGCAGUAGCUUGCCAUUUGGCAGUUAAAUCCCAAUAAAAUUGAAUAUUUGUUGCAUGACCAUUCUACUUUGUAACUGUGGAUGUGCCUUGUGGCUAAUUGUAUCACUUGCUUUUUAAGCAGGCAUAGGCAAACUCCGGCCCUCCAGAUUAUUUGGGACUACAAUUCCCAUCAUCCCUGACCACUGGUCCUGUUAGGUAGGGAUGAUGGGAAUUGUAGUCCCAAACAUCUGGAGGGCCGCAGUUUGCCUAUGCCUGCUUUAAAAAGCAAGCUUGUUAGCUACCCUAGGACCAGAAGGCGAUUUGCUUAGAGGCAGGGUAUUCCUGUGGAUCAGAACCACUGCAGUGAAUGAAGCAGGGAGCUUUGCGAUGAGAGGCAACUGGCUGCCUUUGGAUGACUCAGAUGAAUAAUGAGGAUAAUAGAGGUCUGCUCCACUGGAUUGUUAUGUAGAUAACAGGAUGAAGACUGUAAAGUACUUUCCUUCUUUUUUACUCAUUGAAAGUGCUCUAUGAAUAGACAUUUGUAAGCUUUGAUAAGCUUUACCUUUUGCAGAGCCAACUAGAUAACCACAUCAUUUCGGCAACUACUUGAGUGAUUUAGUGGGUUUUCAUGCUUUUUCAUAUUGCACCAGACUUUCUGGCUUUAAUCACAGUUACGAUCUUUUUACUGUGUUUUUUUAAUGUCAUGAAAACAUGCUUCAACAUGCACUUGGCAACAUAUGCCCAAGAUAUCGUGGUUCUCCUUCACCCUGAUAUUUUCUCUUUUUUUCUCCUGAAAAAGAAUACCCUCCAACAGUGCUCUUUUUCCUUUAAAAAAAUGUUUAGGGGUACUCUCAUUUUCCUACUCAUAUUGAAAUACUGCCCCUCAAUGAGGUCAAACUUAGAUUCACAAAAUGUUUAGGGGUAUGUGUACGCCUGCGUACCCCAAGGGGGGAAAAAACUGCCCUCCAACAUACAAUGGAUUGCGUGCAUCAAAACUGCUGUCCUGUUGAUAGCAAGAUUGCUUAAAUCCCACUGGGUGGUUAUUGAACUAAGUUUUACUCAGAGUAGACCUGUUGAAAUUAAUGGGCCUAAUUUAUCCAUGUUCAUUCAUUUCAAUGGGUUUACUCUGAGUAAAACUUCACUGAAUACCACCCAUUGAAUUUGGUGGGAUAUAAGCAACCUAAUUGUGUGCAGGAAUGCAGCCCAAAUUUGCAGCAAAUCUGAAAGACACCAUAGAGCUUGUAUCUCUUUUGUGGGCAGGCGCCAGCUUUCGUGCUUUGGCUUAUCAAGUUUUGUACAAUGAAGCUGAAAACAAAACCAGGGGCAGUACAUAUUUGCUUAGUUUGCAGAGAAAUAUAAACUUUUAUUCUUAAUUUAAAUCCUGCCUUUCCUCCAAUGAGUUCCAGGCAACAUACAUGGUUUUCUUGGUCCCCUCCUGCGUAUUUUAUUCUCCCAACAACCCUGUCAGGUAGAAAGGGCUAAGAGAAAUAGCAAGUGGCCGAAGAUCACCCAGUGAGCUUUACAGAUGAGUGAGAAUUUGAACCUGCAACCCUAAUUGAACACUCUAACCACUGCACCUCACCAUGACAUCUAAUUAGUCAACCUCCAGCUUCAGUUGAUUGACGGGUGAGGGCUAAUUUUAACUGACAACGCUACAAGUUGAGAAUACAUGUGCUUGCUUUCUGAAGCUUGUGGUGUGUUAAACAGGAGUGAAAAGAUGGCCUCUUGUAGUUGUGUUCAGACUUGACGGCAAACCAUGGUUUGCCCUGACAUGAAGACGUUGUGGCUAGCCUCCUUGCCUUUCCCCUGCCUCCACUGAAAGAGAAGAUUAGAAGUUUAAUUUGCCAUUUCAUCCAAAUACCACAAUGAAUCCCAAGCCGGAAUUAAGAUUGCUGGAAGAAAUAUCAACAACCUCAGAUAUGCAGAUGACACAACCUUGAUGGCAGAAAGUGAGGAGGAAUUAAGGAACCUUUUAAUGAGGGUGAAAGAGGAGAGCGCAAAAUAUGGGCUGAAGCUCAGCAUCAAAAAAACGAAGAUCAUGGCCACUGGGCCCAUUACCUCCUGGCAAAUAGAAGGUGAAGAAAUGGAGGCAGUGAGAGAUUUUACUUACUUGGGCUCCAUGAUCACUGCAGAUGGUGACAGCAGUCACGAAAUUAAAAGACGCCUGCUUCUUGGGAGAAAAGCAAUGACAAACCUAGGCAGCAUCUUAAAAAGCAGAGACAUCACUUUGCCAACAAAGGUCCGUAUAGUUAAAGCCAUGGUUUUCCCAGUAGUGAUGUAUGGAAGUGAGAGCUGGAUCAUAAAGAAGGCUGAUUGCUGAAGAAUUUAUGCCUUUGAAUUAUGGUGCUGGAGGAGACUCUUGAGAGUCCCAUGGACUGCAAGAAGAUCAAACCUCUCCAUUCUGAAGGAAAUCAGCCCUGAGUGCUCACUGGAAGGACAGAUCCUGAAGCUGAGGCUCCAAUACUUUGGCCACCUCAUGAGAAGAGAAGACUCCCUGGAAAAGACCCUGAGAUGGAGGGCACAAGGAGAAAGGGACGACAGAGGAUGAGAUGGCUGGACGGUGUUCUUGAGGCUACCAGCAUGAGUUUGACCAAGCUGCGGGAGUCAGUGGAGGACAGGGGUGCCUGGCGUGCUCUGGUCCAUGGGGUCACGAAGAGUUGGACACGACUAAAUGACUAAACAACAACAAGGGUUGUAAACCACAGCUCGACCCUGGCUUUUAGGUCUCUGCUGCAGUCAAAGCAUACUAUCCAAAUGCCCCGUUUUAAGAGGGACAGUCACAGUUUCUUUGAAGGCUCUGCCUUCACCCAGGGAUGCCCAGAUUUUGCACCGCCUGCAGAUGGGGGCCAAGGAAGUAGCUCCUCCAGUGGCGACAGCAUUAGGAAGGAGUGCUUCCUGGGCUUUGGGAAGAAGGCACAAGGCCCAUGUCCCAAUUUUUAUCAGAAGAAUGUUGGUGCGUAUGUUGAACACAGUGACAAACUAUGGCUUUCCAUUUAGCAGAACCUGAAUGUCAGAUGGCAAUGGUGGUUGCUUGUGAGUAACCAGGCAGGACUCCGACCCGUCUUCUACAGGUUUUAUUUUGGUGCAAAACUAUUUACAGUGCAGCACCAUAAGUUCAUGUCUGUCUCAAUCACUAGCAGAAUCCGGGAGUGGUCCCUUCCGGGUCCUCCCUCAACAUAAGAACUUAGUCACCCCCAGCCGUUUCCUUCCUUCUUUGUGUUUUACCCCUCUGCGCAAGGUGGGCGAUGGAAGAGGCAUGUUUCCCUCCUGGCUGGCUUGGCCAGGAGCAGUGCUGAGGCUCCCCGCAGCAUCCUCUAGCCCUUUCCCCUCCUUUACCUCGGAGGUGUGGCUUUCCCCACCCUCAGACUGACGAGGUGCGACGCUGGGGCUCCCAGCAGCACCCUCUGGUCCCUUCCCCUCUUCCCCAUUGGAGGUGUGGCUUUCCCCACCGCAGGAAGAGGAACUGCUUUGCAAGAUUUUUUUGGAGAUUCCCUGUAUCCCAACAGCCCCUCUGCCUCCCUUCCCUGUUCCGAUGCCAGUCCCCUGACACUGAAGCUUUGAACCCUUCAUUUAUAAUGUCCUUUUUAAGCAGCCUGUUACACUUGCAAGUGGUGCUGGUUAGUGGCAGGUGAUGAUAAAGCGUUAAAGCUUUGUUCAAAGCAUGCAUCUGGGUUCUGUGUGCAUCCUAAUGGGCAUUUGCAGUGAUAGAAUCUGGCAAAGUUGUUCUAGGUUAGUUUGCAAGGAGUUCAAGGGGGUUUGGGACUGGAAGGCUUGGAUUUGAGUCUCUGGCUAUCUGUGGGCUUCCUGGCAGGCAUUUUGGCCCAGUCACACUGUGUCUCACUUCUGUAAAACUGGUGAACUUUCCAGGACAGUCGCGCUUGAUAGCUGAUCUUCCAUUUCUAGCAUCCCAGCCAGUGAUAACUUCUUGCUGCAAAGUUAGAAAAAUAAUGCUCCCAGGCGCGGCCUCUUUGUAACCCGAAAGCCCAGAAAUCAUAUUAAAAAGAGCUUCAGUUGUCCCAAUAUUAUGAUUUGGGGGUCCUGCCCCAACUUUUGUGGCUGGCAACUCUGUAGCUGAGCCUUUAAUGGAAGCUAACAAACAUCUCUGUGGUGUAGGCCAAAUUCUUAUUUUUCUUUCUUUCUGGUUUAGUUCUCCGUUUAGGUGCUUCAUGUUAAAACACACACACACACACACACACACACACACACACACACAGGCUUUUCAAAAGGCUGUUGCUAUGUUCCUUCUUGAAAUACUUUUGCAAAGUCUGUGGUGGAGUCUUUCUGUCUUUUUGGGUGGGGGAGAAGGGAGCCCAACUCAACAACAACUCGUUCCAUUGUGGGCAUUGAGGACUAUGGAAAAUGUACACCAUGGCAGCUUAAUUUCAGAGGAUUUCAGUGCCUCUAACCAUGAGCAACGACUCCCUUGAUGCUCAUGUUUGCAUAUUCCUUAUAAACACCUUUUACCAUAACCUUUGCCCGCUAAGUGCCAACUCAGCCUUUCGCACAAUCCUGUCAUUGUGUUGUCCCUUUUCUCCUCCGGACUUCUUUUUUUUAAGUAAAGUGGAAAAUACAUGUAGCUUUUUCCACCUUGGAAUAAGCUUUUUUAUUUUAUUUUAAAGCCAACAAACCUAACUGAAUGGCUUCUGUCCAAAUUCAAAUCCAGUCCCCCAUCCCAUACCUCAAUUCUACACGAAACCAAUUUUUUCUCCCUCCCCUCCCCUCCCACUGGCCCCGGACCACUCCAGACACGCUUGCAGACAGCAAAGGAAAGUUUAGGGGCUUUUUCUUUCCCCCUCUCUUUCUCUCUCUCUCUCUCUCUCUCUUUGAUGAGGAGGUUAAGGAAUGUGGUGUGCUCCAUGUUCCCUUAGUAUUUGUGGCUGCCAGGGUGCUUGGGAUAGGAGAGCAAAUUGAAAUUAGGGGUUAUUAUAGCUAAGGAAGGGGCUCAUUUCUGCAUGAAAGGAACCCCGCGUUCUCAAAACCAUAAAGCGCCACGAUUAAAAAAUUAUGCGCGUUGGAUGAACAUGCAAAAGGGGCAUUAUUUUCCUAAUGUAUUCCAGUUAUCAAAUCUGGUGUAGUAGCAUAAAUCUUUUAGUAGGGCCAAUUGAAGUGUGUGUGUGUGUGUGUGUGUGUAAGUGAGGAGUGGGAAUGGAAAGAGGGAGGGAGGGCAGCGUUUGUAACUUUUUUUUUGGCAGGGAUUUUGGAUUGUGCAGAAGACGGGAGUAUUGGUAGACAUGUGUAGGCAAAGCAGAGACAGGAGGAGGGGAAACGAACUGCUCCAUCUUAAUCUGGAACAGAUUGCUGUGACUCCUUGCCACUUAAGAGCGUCAGCUCAAGAGGGCUGCCUGGUCUAGUCGAAGGCAUGAUUGAGCUUGGAUCAGGAAAGGCUUUGGGUGCAAGUUCUCUGCUAAGCCGAGGCCGUUUACCUCCCUAACCUAUGCCAAUGGGUGGGAGGCUGGAGUUCUGUUGGAGAAAAGGACAGGAAAAUGUGUGUAAUGUGUGUAAUGGGACGCGGGUGGCGCUGUGGGUUAAACCACAGAGCCUAGGACUUGCCGAUCAGAAGGUUGGUGGUUCGAAUCCCUGCAACGGGGUGAGCUCCCGUUGCUCGGUCCCUGCUCCUGCCAACCUAGCAGUUCGAAAGCACGUCAAAGUGCAAGUAGAUAAAUAGGUACCACUCCGGCGGGAAGGUAAACAGCGUUGACAUGCGUUGCUCUGGUUCGCCAGAAGCGGCUUAGUCAUGCUGGCCACAUGACCCGGAAGCUUUACGCCGGCUCCCUCGGCCAGUAAAGCGAGUUGAAUGCCGCAACCCCAAAGUCGGCCACAACUGGACCUAAUGGUCAGGGGUCCCUUUACCUUUACCUUAUGUGUGCAAUAAAUAUUUAUUUAUUUAUUGCAUUUUUAAAAUCCUGCUCCUUCUCUGAAGAGCUCAGGAUGGCCUGCAUGGUCCCUCUCUCCUUUUAGCUUCACAACAAACCUGCAUCAUAGGCUAGGGUGAGAGAGCGACAGAGAGGGAAAGUGGCCCAGCGUAAAGGCUGAGCGUGCAUUUGAAACAGGGGCUCCAUGGUCUAAUUCCAAUGCUCAAACUAUAUAAAAUGCAAAGGGUGUGUAUGGUCCUUGGAAGGACCAUAGGUUAAUGGUGGAGAUUCAAUCCCUGACAUAGAACCUUUCUGGAAAUCCAGGAUUGCUGCUGACGGUCACACGCCAUUCUACCAUGGCAGGGCCGGCCCUACCACUAGUCAGAAUGAGGCAACUGCCUCAGGCAUCUUUUUGGGGGGUGUCGCAAAAAGGCAACACUUUUUUUUAAAAAAAGUUGUUGCUGUAUUUUUAAUGCCAGGAAUGGGGAACGGCACUUGCGAGAUUUUCUGCCUCAGGUGCCAAAAUGAGGGGAGGGGGUUGCUGUUCCAUCUCAGGUAGCAAAGUAUUUUCGGCUGGCUGCCUAGCCAACCACGCGCCACACCAGGGCUUCCUGAACUUGGGUCUCUAGCUGUUGUUGGACUACAAGUCCCAUCACCCCUAGCUAGCAGCACCAGUGGGUCAGGGAUGAUGGGAAUUGUAGUCCAAAAACUGCUGAGGAAACCCUGUUCUACACCAUGGCUGGGGAACCUGGGGUCCUGCAAAUGUUGUUGAACAUCAGCUCCAAUCAUCCCUAACCAUGCUGGGCAGGGGUGAUGGGAAUUAGAGUCCAACAUCAUUUGGAAGUUCCCUGUCCCUUAUCCAUGCAAUUCUCACUCUCACCUUUUGUUUUACAAAAUUGCAAUGGGUGCUCUUCUGCAGAAAAGCUAGACAUCUUCAGUUUCUCCCCUCUCCCCACAAAAACCCCUCUCAGCAGAGAGUCCAGGCACCCCAUUGCUUUCUUUGCAACCUUGUUCAAUUGUUGCUUCUUGUUCGAGUGCCUAUUUCCACAUUCUGCCUUCUCCUCCUAGGAUGUGGUUGAUUAUUUGGGGCUCCUGCAGAAACUUUGUGGGGGGAGAGCAGGAGGGAACCGGAAAUUUGGUUCAGCUGAAGGAAGGACCAGAAAGGGGCAGGGUGGUGAGUGUGGGUUGGGGGAGGAAUUUGGUACUCUACCAAAAAUAAAGGCUAGACAGAUGUGUUGGUGCAGGGUGUCAUUUUGAGGUUAGUGUGAGAUGAGUGCCAAAGUUCAGUCUUCUACCUUGCUGGGGCCAAAUCCGUUAAUGGCCUCGGUUUCCCUUUUGCUUAAAAGUGUAUGCUCUUCAUGGGCAGAGACAUGUGUGUGUGUGUGUGUGUGUGUGUGUGUGUGUGUGUGUUUGAGACUUGUGUGUCUGUGUGUGUUAGAGCACGCAGUGACAUAGAAAACACAGCGAUCUAACAAAAAAGUCUUUGAAACGAGAUGGCUCCAGGCUGCUGCGAACUAUCAUGUUAGUUGUUCCAAAGAAUUUAUUUUUUUGUUUUAUUUUUUAAAAAAAUAUAUUUUAACAGCGCUGGUUGUUUCUUAGAAACGCGGCCCCUCCCCACACCACAGAAAUAUGGAGAGGCAUAAGCUCCUUUGCCCAUGAGGGAUAGGAACAAUUAAAGGAGCCUGGGAGAACAUAUGGGUUUCAGUGUCUCCAUCUUGGAUGAAUCCCAGAGAAGAAGGAGCCCCAUUAGAGUGACCUCUCUGUGACCCCCACACUCCCAUCCUCUGAUGGGGCAAUGCAAGGUCCAGGAUCCCUCUAAUGGCGAGGGAAUCGGAUGCAUGCCUGGAAUUAAGUUGAACUCCGAAUGGUGUUUUAGAGGGAGGCGGGAGCCUCGGCUGGGUUUUUAUUGAUGUUCCACCGUUUAAAAACAUUCCCUUCUGUAACCAGCCCGCUCCCCACCUCCUCCCCCACCCCCCAAAAAGGCACCCCUUCCUCUUCUUCCCCUCUCUCCUCCUUGAGGCAACUGUGCCCCAAGCCCGCUGGCAGGAGCCGGUGCUGUUUUCUUUCAGUGGGUUUCUUUCCCGGUUUCCGUGUGCUUGGACACCUCGGCCUGACGGCGCGUUUAUUUUUGGAACACGAGCUUCAAGAGAGGCCCUCACAUAUGGAAAAGUUUACGGAAAUGAAGCCUUUAAGUUAGCUGCUCGCUUGAAAUCUCGUGGCUUUAGCUGCUCAGGGCACUUGGCAGAACCCACAGCAGUGGGGAAAAGGGGGUGGAUGGGGAGGGAGGGGGGGCGAAGGCGGAGUGAGCCAAAGUCCUCGCCGUUUUAAAGGAGCCGAGCGCAAAGGGGUUGCCCCACCCCACCCCAUACCGGUGGGUAGAUUUGGCUGGGGCACACACCACAGAGGUGGUGCCUAGCAUGGUUUUUCUUCUGUUUCCUUGCCAUCGGCUGCCAGGGGGCACUGCCAGGGUGUGUGUGUGUGUGUGUGGCUAGGUAACCAACCAAAGGACACUGCUUCGAGGAUGCCAAAGGAUGUCUGUAUUGUGCGUGUCUGUGCCUCUCAGUUGUACGGUAAAGAGGUAAAGGGACCCCUGAUCAUUAGGUCUAGUUGUGGCCGACUCUGGGGUUGUGGCUCUCAUCUCGCUUUAUUGGGCAAGGGAGCCGGCGUACAGCUUCCGGGUCAUGUGGCCAGCAUGACUAAGCCGCUUCUGGCGAACCAGAGCAGCGCACGGAAACGCUGUUUACCUUCCCGCUGGAGCGGUACCUAUUUAUCUAUUUGCACUUUGACGUGCUUUCGAACUGCUAGGUUGGCAGGAGCAGGGACCGAGCAACGGGAGCUCACCUCGUCGCGGGGAUUCAAACCGCCGACCUUCUGAUCGACAAGUCCUAGGCUCUGUGGUUUAACCCACAGCGCCACCCGCGUCCCUUCAGUUGUACGGUAGUGGGUCAUUAUUAUUUUGCUCUCCCGCUUCCCCUUCUCUCCACGCAUUGCUCCUUCUCGCCCUGCAGCUGGCAUUCUGUGGGGCAGCAUCGCUGAGGCCGCCCAUGCCUUGCCUGUGGUACGCUUGAUGCAUUAGCCGCCUCAAACUGGCCUCAUACUGGGGUGGAACCACAUCCCGGUGGGAGAAGAAAAAUGAAAGAAAGGGAGUGGGGAGGGAGAGGCAAAAAACCUAAAGAGGGAGUAGGGGCAGCAGGCAUGAAGCAGAGGCGAAAGUAAGAGUGUGCAGUGUGUGUGUGUGCGCGCUCAUUAAAGAAGCGAGGGUAUAGGGAGCGGAGGUGAAGAGUGAGUGAUGGGCUGGGGGCUGGGGGUGGAAUAGGGGGUAGCUCUGAGAGCCAGAGACACAGAGUCGGCAGGAAAAGGCGCUGCCUGGGCUGUUGUAAAUUAGGCCUGUGGUGUUGGGUUCCAUGUGGAAGAUGUGAGCUCACAUUCUACCCCCAGGGUGGUACAGCCCCAGCCAAGCGCUGGCAGCAAGAACAUAAGCUCCAUUUAUCUGGGAACCUGAAAUGACUCUUGAUUUAAAUCAUAUGGUAAAAAGUACCCAAAGAAGAAGGAGAAAAGAGAAAAAAAGGAGGGGGGGGGACUUGCCUGCUUUUGGAGAUGGUUCAAAAGGGAAAAUACGCACACGCCCUCGCGGAGAGAAAGGCUUAAAGGGACAGCGUCUUGGUUCCCAGUUUGCUAGGCAGGCUGGAACGUGUGUGUGUGUGUGUGUGUGUGUGUGUGUGUAAGUGUGUAAACUGAGGCUGAGCAGCAGCUCAGUUCCACACCCUCCUCAAUUGGAUUUGGGGACUGGCGCGGGAUCCGGCUUCAAAAUUAUGGAACUCAGCUUCAAAUUGCCCUGGGAAGGAAGGGCUUUGUAUGAGCAUAAGAAGCAGUGUCAUGCGGUGAGGUUUUUCAUAGGGAAACAGACUGGGACAGAGGCUUCAGCUUGCAAGGGCGAUUGGUGGGGGGGGUGGGGGUGGGCAUGAGCAUCCAUCCUCCCUCCCUAAGGGAUUUCCAGUAACUCGUGUCUUCAGGGCAAAGACCUAAUACAGAAAUAAGACAAAGUCUGUAAAUCUGUUCUCUGAGGGAACCUACCUAGAAGGGUGCUCUUAGCUGGCUUCCUACUGCUGUCGGGUGGGAAAUCACUCUCUUUCCCUUGGGGAAAGUGUCCCCUUUGUCCUUACCUAUUGUGUCUGGUGCUGAAAAUGCCAAAGGCAAAAGAAAAUCUUAAAUAUAUAAUUUUUAACUCUUGUGAUUUGAGGGCAACCUCAGUAUAUAAACUGGGGUUUGUUUGUUUUUUGGCGAUCAGCAGUUGAGGGCCUGUAGGGGAUGCCACCACUGGGAGCUGCCCAUCUGGUGUUGACAGAUGACAGGGCCUUUUCCGUUGUGGUUCCCAUGAGUGGAAGGCCAUCAGCCUCCCUCAUUUAUUGACACCCAGGAGAAAUUUGAAAACAUUCCUGUUAACCUGGACAUUUGAUGGCUGGAGGGAGAUGCUCCUAGCAACUGCGACAUCAUCACUGGCUGAGAUAAUGUUUGUAAAUGCUUUUUAAAAAAUGUUUUAUCAUUGCUGUGUCUGCUGCCCUCCGCUCCUUAUGGAGGAAGGGCAGGAUAGAAAUCAAAUCAAUCAAUCAAUCAAUCAAUCAAUCAAUCAAUCAAUCAAAUAGAUAGAUAGAUAGAUAGUUGUGGUUUGCCAGGUGUCUAUGCUACAGAGAAGGAUUGGCCAGGAAAAGCCUUUAGUGGCUGUACUGGAGGGAGAGAGAGAGAGAUAGAUAGAUGAUAUAAAGUUCUGCUUGCCAGACUGCUCUUGUUUGCCUCCUGGGCUGCCACAUCAUUGUAGUCUGUUCUCUACCCCCUGAAACCAUGACUCUUUCUGGCCCUACCCUCCAGGACUCAAUCCUAAUAACUUAGUUCAGUGCCAGGCCUGAUUCCUGAAAAUCGGAAGGUCAUGUGUACCCUUGAUUGUGUGGCAAGUGCAUCUCAAUUUACCACCGAAUAACCCCCCCCCAAAAAAAAACCAAUCCCACACACCUGGUAUUUUGGGACAGGAUUUCCAGCCUAAGAUGACUGGUUUCUGGGCAUGUUUCAGCAUCAACAACUCUUAUUUUGGAAAUUUAUCACCACCCACGUCCCUACUGCUUUUGCUAGUAGGUUUGUUGAUGCUUUUUACCUGCACUGAGUUUGUAGCCUUAAAAGCAUUCUCACGUGCAGAAAUUAAAAGAAAUCAAGCUUUACCUUGUAUGGAACUAAAAGUGGCACAAAAAGCUUUAUCUGCUAAUUUCGGUGUGUUCCGGGCUGUUGCAGGCACAGGAGGAUAAAUAAAAGGUUGACAAUCUUAUUCCCAGGUUCCCUCUAAACCUGUCCACUCAGUUUCCCCUUCCUCAGCUUCCUGCUUUCUCUCUAUAUGCAUUGCUGUGGUCAUUUUCCUGUAGUGGCCUCUUCACCUAAUAUGUGUGUUCCCCGAUUUUUUGGGGGUGCCAAGACUCCUUUCAGAGCUUCAGGAUCCCUGGAGGAGCUGCUCUCAUCCUUACAGAAGAGAGAGCCCACAUUUCAUUUCCAUGUACCCAUUGAAGUCCAUGACUCUGCCAACUUUCAGCUUCUUUUAGACAAUGGGCAUUCCUUCCCAUGGUUUCUUUCUUAUACUUUUGUUAUGUACUGAGUUGAAUAGGAUCCAAAAAGCAGCAGUCUGAUUGGUCCUAGAACAAUAGGAUUCAAUAUGCAGCAGUCUGAUUGGUCCUAGAACAAUGGGAUUCAGAAUUCAGAAGUCUGAUUGGUCCUAGAACAAUGCAGCUGUAUGAUUGGUCCGCAGGAGCCACCCAAUCCAGCUCCAGGUGGAAGUGAAUCCACAACCUGAUUGGCCUACAGGAGUAUCCCGGAAUUAGCCAAUCACGUGCAGCCCAUUGUGUAAAUAAUGUAUAUAAAGCAGAUAUUUUGGGGGAACAUUCAUUCCUCCUCACCACUAUGAGUUGAAUAAAGAGCAUGAAAUCCACUCUCGACUUCUGAGUAUAUUUCAACUAUCCUCACUUUGGGAAAUCUUAGCAUAAGGCCAAAAUCACGUGUGCAUAGUUACUUUCUCUGCUUUGAGCAAUGCCCACUAUUUGUCCACCAUUACUGUCUACUCUAACUGGAAGCAGCUCUUUAGAGGAGAGGGGGGUGGCAGGGCUGUCAAAUUUCAUGUGCACCUUUGAAGCUCUCAGAUGGGAGGCUGCCCAGGACUGCAUUGCAAUGCCAUUGAAAUUGUGAAUCGGAUUGACCAUCAGUUGGCCAGAUCUGCAAGCUGUCGGGUAGGAGGCUGCCCUGAACCUAAGGAGAGCUUUGCAGUUGAACAUCUGACCUGAUCUAUGCUUUCAAAGGAGCUUCUCUUUUUACUUACUCAAUUCAUCCCUGCUCCGUUUCCCCUUGGAUCAAUGGCCCCUUCUCCCAAAACGUUUGCUUUUAGAAUCUCUGGCAGAAUUCGUCUACAUCACCAGCUACUUGAUGUUUUUAACUGGAGGUGGCAAGUAUUAAACCUGGAGAUUUAUUUACCCCAUUUUUCGCUCUAUUAGACGCACCGGACCAUAAGACGCACCUAGUUUUUAGGGAAGGAAAACAAGAAAUAAGAAAGCAAUGCAAAGCCUCCUGAGCUAAGAGGGAGCCCUCCUCUCUCUUCGCUCAGGAGGCUUUGCGGGGCUAUCCCUGAAGCCAGGAGAGCAAGCGGGAUCGGUGCACACCGAUCCCACUUGCUCUCCUGGCUUCAGCGAAAGCAAGCCUCCUGGCUUUCUCCCCACCUCCCGCAAAAGCCCUGCGCUCUUUAGAAGGAGCACGGAUCUUGGGGGCUUUUCUGCCGCACGCUCUGUCCCUUCCCCCACCUCCCGCAAAAGCCAGGGAUAGCCAUGCGAAGCCUCCGCAGGGCAGCGAGAUGAAGGAUCCCCGCUGCCUUGCAGAGGCUUCACGCCGCUAAGGCAGAAGCUAGAAUAGCUAGAGGGAGCACUGUGCAGUGCUCCCUCUAGCUGUUCUGGCUUCUGGGGUAGCCCGUGAAGCCUCCACAGGGGAGCGGGAUGAAGGCUCCCUGCUGCCCUGCGGAGGCUUCACGCGGCUAAGCCAGAAGGUAGAACAGCGAGAGGGAGCGCUGUUCUGGCUUAGCCUUGCAGCCUUGCAGCCUUCAUUCGCUCCAUAAGACGCACACACAUUUCCCCUUUUUAGGAGGGGGAAAGUGUGUCUUAUAUUUAUUGCAUGCCAUCCCUGAGCUCUGCUACUCAGCUAUGCUCCCUUUAGCUAAUGUGGGAGGAGGAAGCACUCUCCCAUUUGUCUACAUGGUUGGGGGACAAUCUGAUAGUGUAUAAAUCCAGAACUUUCCCCUUCUCUUUUGCAUUACCUUUCUUACUGCCAUUCCUUCCAACGUCCCCUAUCUCUGGUGAAAAACUGGCAACACUGAGCAAAGUUUUUGUUGAAAUCAUAGGAAGUAUUAUAUGUGCACCAAUGUUGGAACACAUAUCUGCUCUUUUAAAAGAUGGGGGAACCCAACGCCUAGUGAAGCUGGGAAGGGUAUGACCAACGUUAUUAGCUUCCUCCCCCACCCUUCAAGAGAACAUGUAUGUGCACACCAGCCCUGGUGUACAUGCAAAAUUUUAAAUUUUUGUCGAGGAAAGGAGGGUGCAAUAUUUGUUAUAUGUGGGAGCCAUCUCUCACCUGUACAAGAAUGAGAGGUUGAAAUAUAAGAAGCUUCCCAAGCUGUUUGACUCUAUGGGGAAAUGGUGGGUGAAGAAGCAAACGUUUAACUUCAAGUACAACACCCUCAAGUACAACAUCCUGCCAACCUAGCAGUUCAAAAGCAUGUCAAAGUGCAAGUAGAUAAAUAGGAAGGUAAACGGCGUUUCCGUGCGCUGCUCUGGUUCGCCAGAAGCGGCUUAGUCAUGCUGGCCACAUGACCCAGAAGCUGUACGCCGGCUCCCUCGGCCAAUAAAGCGAGAUGAGCGCCGCAACCCCAGAGUCGGUCACGACUGGACCUAAUGGGCAGUGUUAUGCACUGAAGUUCUCACCCUGAGCCAGCAGGGGGAUACUGUAGAUAGUUUUCACUCAGGUCCACAUAUGCAAAUAAGGGAUUGAAAGUGACGUUCAGUGAUUGGAUAGUUACAGAAAAUGGUUACUGUUGCGUUCUAGUGGAGCUCUAUUCAGUGGUGCCUCGCAAGACGAAAUUAAUCCGUUCCGCGAGUCUCUUCGUCUUGCGGUUUUUUCGUCUUGCGAAGCACGGCUAUUAGCGGCUUAGCGGCUAUUAGCGGCUUAGCGGCUAUUAACGGCUUAGUGGCUUUAAGAAAAAGGAAACAAACUCGCAAGAACUCGCAAGACGUUUCAUCUUGCAAAGCAAGCCCAUAGGGAAAUUCGUCUUGCGGAACGACUCAAAAAACGGAAAACUCUUUCGUCUAGCGAGUUUUUCAUCUUGCGAGGCAUUCGUCUUGCGGGGCACCACUGUAUAAGCAGGCUGGCUGAACCCUUCAGUUCAGUUCUGUUCUGGUCUGUGAAUAAACAAGAGCUGUUUGAAGAAUCGCUGUGUCGUCUGAUAUGUUCACCCACAACUUAACAGUCAGGGGUCCCUUUACCUUUACAACAACCUCAGCUAGAACAUGACGGACAUUAAUGUGCUUCCGGUGUGCUUCUUCUCUCCCAUGCAGGACAUCACAACAGGAAGAGGAAGAAGAGCAACAACACCUUCGCUGGGGGGCUGA